AUGAGGUUUCUUUUUUAUAUUUUACUUUCGAUACUUAUUCCUGCGGCUCUUGGACUAUACAGUAAUCAGUAAGUAUAUGAGACAUAGGUUAGGUUUAAAUUUUGAGUAAAGGAAUGUGUUGGUUUUAAUUAAUGAUCCCAAUGAUGAUAUGUUAACAAAUGUUUUUGAAGGAUUAAAUCUAAAUAUAUUUUUGCGUAUAAAUAAAUAAAAGAAAACUAUUUUAGUUACGUACACUGUAAUAAAAAUUACGACACUUGUAAUUAAUAAUGGGUAGGUAAUUACCCAUUUUUAACUAUAAAAUAGUUACGGAUAAAGAAAAAAUGUUUUCAUUAAAAUUAUCGAAUUUCAAUAUCUAUAAUAUUAUUAUUCAUAUGAUACCUAUCAUUGGUUUCAGGGAAUAAAGGCUUCAGUAAAUUUUUAUAAAUUCCUCGUAUGCAAUUUUCGUCAUAAUUUCACAAUAAUUUGUUUCCGUAAAUUUAAUUACGGUUAUAUUAUAUUAUAUAAAUACAUUCUAUUAAAAAAAAAAAAAUUAUUUUUAUAGAACUGUUUAUUAUGCCAAGCACCUGGGUACUAUUAUUAUAAUUUUUUAUUUUAGGCCACGAUUUCGUUCGGAAAAUGGUCAUUUGUACAUUGAAAGUUCUACGAGCCACAACGUUUCGUUGAAUAUCAAAGGACAAGGUUAUAUCAACGUGAAUAAUGAGAAUUUACUUCAAAUUAUCAGACUGGUAUUUUACCUAAAAAAAUAUUAUUGUUCGAAUGAUUUCGUUGAUUAAGUAAUUAAAUUAAGUGUUUAUUUCGUAGGCAAAAGAAGCGUGGGAUGAAAUCGAAUCGUUCCGUUCCAACGAUUUGCCCGAGUUUGCGGAUUCGGUAAAAGCCAUUUCACCAAUGUUCGACGGACCGAAAAGUUUGACCGACCGCGUGACAUCUCUUGAAAUGCAAAUGAUGAACGGCACACUGUCGUCGACAUUGCCUUCCAAGGGAGUAAGUACCGAUGCCAACACGAUUAUAUUUUGUAGUGUCAUACUUUAUCGUUUUAUUUACACUAUAUUAUAUUAAUACGAUGUUGAUAUAGAAGAGUGAAACGGUCCUUAAUGCUGGUAAACUAGAGAUCAGAGUAAGUACCUAUAAUAACUGUCUCUCUUUACGUAUAAUUUAGUUCAUUAACUAGGCAACAAAAAGGUAGAUAAAUAACCAUGAAUAAUACCUACUGUUUAUAAUGAUUAGCUGAAUAAUUUAGAAAAAAAAAUCAACAUCCUCACGAACCUACUAUCGACUAGCGAAUGUUUGAGUAACCCUUGCCAGAACGGUGGGACGUGUAUGGAUUUGUACAACGGAUUCCAAUGUAAUUGUCCGCACAAUUGGCAGGUUAGUAUUUUAUUAUAAGUGUGAGUUAUCAGUAUUUAUGAUAAUAAUAUAUCAGUAAUAUAAUAAUAUAUGAUACUCCCCUUUGCAUUAUAAUCGAUAAUAGUUUAUCAGCUAUAAUAAAUUAUAAAUAUUUUUAAAUGAAACUAAAAGAAUAAGCCUGAGUCUGUACUUAUAUAUUUUUGAUUAAUAUUCAAAAAUUACUUACAAAAAGUCAAUAUUUAUUUAAAUAAAUUCAAUAAUAAAUCGUUGGAAAGCUAGGAUACAUACAGUUAUUUAAUUUAAAUUUGUACGCAACAAAAAGACCAUAGCUAACGAAAAACAAUUCGGAGCGAAGUUCGCUAAGACAUAUUUUUAAAUGCCAUAAUUUUUACAAUUUUCAACAAAAUUUGAUCUUAAACGAUUAUGAAAAAAAAAACUGAAGCAUUAAACUUAAAUUUAUUUUUUAGAUAACUAAGUACAACUUAUAGUGUAAUUUGUGUGAAAUUUUCAAACAUUUCUCUUAAGUCAGAUGAUUUUAAUAACAGAUAGUUUCCAAAUAAAAAUACACAUAAAAACAAGAAAAUAUCAAAUACCUAAAAAUUGCUAGAAUGUUUUGAACAUUUUACCACGUCUGCAAAAGUCUAAUAUAAGUAAUUUGUGAAAACUACUGGUCACCAUACUAAUUUUUAAUCGAAUAACCGAGAAAAAAAUAAAUAAUUUAAAUAAUAAAAUAAUUAUUUUCGUACAUUUUCCCAUUCUUUUUACAUUUUAUUCUGUUGUACGUGAUUAUUAAAUAAAUUACAAAGAAAAUAAAAAAACGAGUUUCUUGGUUAGGAAUAUAUUCGUUUGACAAAGUUGUGGUUUUUUUUUUAAGAAUUUCCAUAUCAAUUUUUAGCAAAAUCACAAAUAUUACGAUCUUUAAAAAAUAUGUAUAAACGAACUCCGCUCAGAAUUUUUUUUCUGGUAAUCAUUUAUCAUUGUGUACAGAUAUACAUGAAAUUCCCUUUUAUAUACUACCUUCCCCACUUCUCAUCUACAGCAUCAGCCCAUCUAUCGUGCAAAAUAUGUUCGUAGUUUUUAUAUACGAGUUUGAAAUUUAAUAAAAAUCCUUUAAUUUUGCGUAUUAUAUUUCGAUAUGUGUGAAUAUAAUUUUUAGCUGAACUAAAAUGUUUAAAAAUAUAUCACGAGGUUCAUAUUUUAAAGUAAAAAAAAGUAAUGAAGUAGUUUAUUUUUUAAGAUUUUUUCAAGUUUAAAGUUAUAUGAUAAAAUUAUAAAAAUCCCGACAUUUUAAAAUAAAUAUAUUCAACCUAACAUAGAUCAGAUUCAUAUUUUGUUAGCAAUGAUUAAUUGUUACGUACAGAUAAAUUAAUUAGCUCUAUAUUAUGUAGCUUGCGUUUUUAAAUUGUCCACCUAAAACAGUGGCACACCCAUCUGGAUUUCAGCUCUUUUUCAUUGUUCAUUAAUUAUUAUAUUUUGUUAGAAAUGUACACGAAUUAAACGUUACACUUUUGCAGGGUAAACAGUGUGAGUUGGACGUAGACGAAUGCGUGCGGUUCUUACACACAGAUUUGGGAUGCCAAAACGGAGCCGAAUGUAAGAACACACCGGGAAGUUACGAAUGUCUGUGCGCUCCGAAUUGGUACGGGUUGCGUUGUACGAAAAAGAAAAACGAUUGUAAUUUUGCUUCAUCGUCGGAACUCUGCGGUAACGGCGUGUGCAUCAAUCAAGCGUCGGCCAUCGGGUACACGUGCAUAUGUAAUCAGGUCGGUGGCCGGUCUAUGGACGAAUUUUUCUAAUAAUUAUAUUUCGCAGUAACGUAUAUAAAGGACGAGAGUACUUGGACUGAAACUAUUUUGUUUAAAUCAUUCUGAAAUGGUUCCAAAAAAUAAAAAAAUAUCAUAUACUUUUUACAGCUACAACUGUAGAAGGGAGUUUUUGGACACUAUUGGCCGACAAAUACGUGCCAGAGGAAUCAACAGGAUAAUGUAUAUCUAUUUGUAUUAUACAAUAUGUCAUAAAUAGAAACUACAUAUUUAUAACCCGUUAGCCCACUACCGAAUUUCUAGUUGUAGUUAGGCUAUAGUAAUGAACAGGCCCAUAGUGAAAAUAAUUCCUGUAUACGUUACUCAGGCGCUACUCUGGAUUUAUAGAACAAUAGGACACGGGGCAAAUAGAAGAAAAUGGAUACCAAAUGUAUCUAAACAUACAAUAUUUUCAACUGCUUAACAUACAAGUGUAAUUAAAAAAAUAAUUGGAAAUAUAACAUUCCAAAUAUUCAUAAACUUAUUUAGUUACUUAUGUAAAAGUUAUAUUUAACCAAAAUAAUUAUUAAAUAAAAAUAAUAAUUUAUACGUAAUACGUACAUAUUAUUUUAUCUUAUUCGAACAUUUUUUUUCUGGAUUUGUCUUUGGCGAGUCAAUAUAGAAACCUAGAGACGGAUCCCUUAAGCCCCAUUGUAAGUCUGGGCCUGACGUCACUGACGACUACAGCGUGUCCCAAUAUGUUCGACUGAUUUUUCUAGCGCUAUUAAUAUUAAAUUUUUUUUCAAUGGGUUUAUCUUUAAGGAGACAUCUGUUUGGAGAAAAAUUAAAUGUUUAUUUUCAUUCUCUAAACACAAAAAAAAAAAAAAAACUAUUUAUUCACUUAAGACAAUUUUCAAAAUAGCUAUGUAUAAAAUAAAUUAUUCUAAAAAUUUUAAUGUAUCAUACAUUCAUAUCCAAUUAAUAGUUUCUUAAUUAUAGCGUUUUAGUUUCUAGAAAACAUGCGUGGAAACAAUUAAUAUUCAAUAAAAUAACACAUUAUGCGAUAAGGAAUUACAAUCAGCACAGUAAUUCUUUACCUUCUAUUGAAUAUUAAUUGUUUUCAGGCCUAAUUAAAAUAGUCGUUUGACUAUAACUAAAAAAUUAUUCAUCAGAUUUGAAUGUAUGAUGCAUUCAAAUUUUUAGAAUAAUAUUUUUUACAAAAUGGGUAUUUUAACAUUUUUUCAAAUGAAUAAAUGAAGUGAUUUUUUUUUGUUUAUAGUUUGUUUAAAAUGCAAAUUUAAUUUUUCUUCAAAUUGAUAUCCCUCUCGAAAACAAAUCAAUUGAAAAAAAAUCGAAAAACAUUUAAUAUUAACAGCGUUAGAAAAAUUUGUCAAACAUGGCGUGACACACUGUAUAGCUACUUAAUACACAUUUAGUUAAAUCGUAAAAUGAUUAUUAUUAUUUACUAUCAUUCAUGCGUUAUACGAACGUUCAGGGAUGGACGACCGAAGACGGGAGAAUUAAUCCGGCGUGCACCAAAGACGUGGACGAAUGCAAGGAAAACAGUCACACAUGCUCGGCAGAACCGCUUGUAGAGUGUAAAAACACAAGAGGAUCAUUUACUUGUGGAAACUGUCCGAUUGGUCUGUACCUAAUUAUAUCAUUGAUUUUCUUUGUUAUGUUUUAAUAACUGAGCAAAACUGAAAAAUAUGUAGAAAUUACGGGGAAAUAUACGAAAAUAAUUUAUUAUUUUAAUUUAAUUUUUUUUUUUUAUGUUAUUCAGUUUAAAAUAUUCGUAGUGACUUUAAGACAUUUUCACAUGAAACAUAUGUUUACUUUUUCUAGACGUGGUAAAAUUUUCAAAGCAUUUAAGUUAUUUUUAAGAUAAUCAUAGACAUUUAAAUUUUAGAAGUUUUUACAUAAUUUUUAUUCGGUAGAUACUAUAUAGAUAAAAUUAGAAGACCAAACAGAAAUGCUGGGAAAUUUAACAGGAAUUUCAUUAUAAUUUGUGCUUAGUGGUCAAAAAGGAAAAGUUGAGUCUAAUGCAGUCUUUUUCUAUAAGAAUUUUAACAUCAAAUUUUGAUGAAAAUCUUAAAUAUUAUGACCUUUUAAAACAUAUAAAAUUUUUCAAAUAGAAGCAAUUAAGUGGGAAAAAACGUAGAGUAACGUACAAUUUCACGAUUUCAUUAUUUUAUAAAAACACGGACGAUCCUUUUGUACAAGAAAAAAUGAUUUAAUCGAAAAAUCACAAGGUAUCUUUUUUGAAAUACUUUUUAACGGUAUUAUUGUAAAAAAAUUUAGGAAUUUUAAUUUUUGAAAGGUUUUUGCUGUAAUUUGGUUAUAAAUACACGAAGAUACUUGAAACUUGGUAGUAAUACUUAUAUUGGACUUACCUUGACGUGGUAAAAUUCCUAAAAUCAUCAGAUUUUUUUUUUUAAUAAGCGUUUUGAAAUUAAAUUAAAAUGAAUAUCGCAAAAAUUAUGUAUAACUGAACUGCGUUCGGAAUCAUCUAUUGUCAAGCAAUGGUUUAUCUUUACUUAUAGACAUAAAUGAAAUAACCUGAAAUAUCCUACUUUCCCAACUUCUCACCUACAACAGUGGUCGCUUCCAUCCCCAGUAUCAACUCUUUUUAUAAUUGGUGUUACCACGAUAAUAUUAUUCAUUUUUUUUUUUGUACGGCGUUAAUAUUAUUGAUACCUUUGGCCUAUCCUUAAAUAGGUUUCGAGGGAGAUGGUUUCUUAUGUACGGACGUCAACGAGUGUUUAGUUGACAAUGGCGGAUGCAGCACGAAUCCUAGAGUCCCGUGUAUCAACACGAGAGUACGUACAUCAUUUAUUAAUUACUCCAAAAUAUACCUCGUUAAAUGUCAAAAGUUAAUAAUUUUUGUUAUUCAUUGGUUUUCACAUUCGAAAAUCUUUAAAUAAUAUCCAAAUGUGGGGCUUUGUUUAGAAAAGAGUUCAUUAACUAAUUUAAUGUCAUUAACCAGAAAUAUGAAUUCCAUAUUGGUACUAAUUAUAUCACUUCACUGUUCCUAUUCAUUUAUAUAUCUUGUUUUAUGAUUUUCAAGGGUUCGUUCAAAUGUGGUUUGUGUCCUCCUGGUUAUAGUGGUGACGGAUUCAAUUGCGUCUAUAUAGAUAAUGGUGGAGCUUGUGCGAUAAACAACGGUGGUUGUCAUCCGAAUGCCGACUGCACUGGUAAUUCAAAGAAAAACUUAUAAUAUAGGUAGUAUUAAUGUAAUUUUAUGUUAUGCACUCUGGGAAUACCUAAUUUUAGUUUAUGCCGAAACAACAAUUCAGUGUACAUGUCGUCGAGGUUAUGUCGGCAACGGACAUGUAUGCGUUAAAGAUAGUUCAGCUACAAAUGUAUGCGCAAACAAUCCUUGUGGUCUUCACGGAUCAUGCAUUUCAAAUGGAAACAAUACUUUUUCUUGUGAAUGUAAUGAAGGAUAUAUAGGUGAUAAUUAAUUAUUCAAAAUUCCAUAAAACAUUACGAAUUUGUAUAGAUUCUCAAUUGUAUUUCAGGAAACACGUGUAAUAUUCAUAGAGAAAAUCCAUGUUUUAGAAAUCCAUGUCGAAACGGUUACUGUAUUCCUGAGAUGGAAUCAUAUACAUAUUCAUGUCACUGUGACCCGGGAUAUUUUGGAGAUUUAUGUGAUUCGGCACUAGAGCGUAAGUACACAAAUCUACCAAACGGAAAUUAUUUUUGUUAUAUAAUGUUUAUAACUUUUACGACAAAAAAAAGUAAGUCCUGGGAAAAUAAUUAUAACAUAUAAGUCUAAAAUCUUGAUUUUGUUAAAAUUUGAAAUUACUUUUGAUUGUAUAAAAAUACUCUAAAUAAUGACAUAGGUAAUACAGUGACGACAUAUUUCUCCGUAUAAAAAUAACAAUAUCCAUCAAUUUUUUUUUUUUUAUAAGAUUUAACUUAAAUAUUUGAAAAAAUAUUUAAUUAGGGAUCAUAGUAGGGCCCAUUAAUUAAAAUACCUCUGCCACCCCUACUUUAGAUUGUAUAUAUUCAAAACUAUACAAAUUAUUUAGAUUGUAGACUUAUUUAGACGUGUAUGUAUAUUAUAAUUAUGUAUAUUAUUUUUACGAUAUUUAGAAUGCGGUGGGUUUCUUUUUGUGCCCAACAUUACAAUCCGUCACCCCGAAUCAAAUACAACAUAUUUGGAUAACGAGAAUUGUGUUUGGAAUAUUAUUGUGAACGAAACAAAAGUAUUGAAUAUAUCAUUUGUUUGGAUAGAUGUUGAAAAAUCGAUUGAUUGUUUUCGUGAUUAUAUUGAAGUAAGAUUGUACAAAUAAAUUUAUUAUUACCUUAAUCCGGGCACGUAUACAAGAGGGAGGAUCAACUCCCCCCCCCCGAAAUUUCACGAAAAUUAUAAUGUAAGUAAAUUUUUAAUAGAAUCUCAAAAAUAGUUUCGGUCAAUGAGGAAGAUUAAUAAAAUUUUGGUUUUAUUUUAAUUUUAUUAUUAGAUAGUAGGUAUAUAUUGUUAGUAUUGUUAUUUCUAAUUUUUUGUAGUUUUCUGCUUUUAGAAAACUAUAACUGAUACUGUGAUAUAGCGUAGUCCGCAUUAUCAUCACUAUAAUAUGAAUUACGUUAUCAUUUAGUCUGUAUUCACUAAAAAAAUAUUAAAUGUAAAAUUUAGUAAUAUGUACAAAAGCUAAAAAUGCCUAAAAAAUGGGUAUUAUAAAAUAAUAACAUCUUAAUGAAAAAUAAAUAAUCCUACAAUUGAAUGCAUGUAAACUUCUUCGUUAUAAGAGCAUGAAAGUGUAUUAACUAAACCCCUCCCCCCGAAAUAUAAUGUUUGUAAACGCACCUAUCUUAACCUCUUCAGUAUUACUCUUGGUUCACUAACUCAAAUUGUUUUAGAUCACGAAUAACGAAAUUGAAGGCGGAAGAACACUAGGGAAAUUUUGUGGAAACACUUUACCAAUGAACAAUAGUAUAAUAUCUGACUCGAACCAUGUUCUCAUACAUUUCCAUUCGGACUCGACGAUGUCUUAUCUGGGGUUUGAGUUACAGUAUACAUCGAUAAAUCCAUGUAUACAUAAUAUAUCAUAAUCUAUAGAAUAUAUGAUUAAUAUAUAUAUAAUUUAUUAGUUUAUUUCAUAUAUCUAUAAACUCCAUGUGUAUUGAUUUUAUUUAGAUUGUGGUGGAGUAAUACAUAUUGAUUCACAUGGAACGUUGUCAUCCCCCGGAUCGCCGGGCAAAUAUCCUCCAAAUCGAGACUGUUAUUGGACGUUGGACGCUCAACCCGAAAUGCGAAUACAAUUGUUAUUUUUUUCGUUGCAACUGGAACAUCAUGUGAAUUGUAGUUAUGAUUAUUUAGAGGUAAUAAUAAUAAUAACUCAUUCACAAGGCUAUGUAAACGUAUUAUACAAGCGUUGCGUAUUGUGCACACCAAUAAUAAAAUAUUAUUAUGUUUGUAUAUUGAAACGAUUAUUGAUUUAGAUUAGGGAUGGUAUCACCCAGCAAAGUCCUGUACUGGCAAAAUUGUGCAAUUCAGUUUUACCGUCUCCAAUUUUAACUUCCGGCUCGAAUGCCCAUUUAUACUUCCAUUCCGAUGAUAAUAAUCAAGACUAUGGAUUUCAAAUGGCCUAUAGUUUAGUUACAGGUAUUCAACGAUUUUAUAAUAUUAUUACACGUUAUCUAUGUAUUUAUAACUGAGUAAAAUAAAUAAUAUACUUUAAAUACACUGGAUUUAAUGUUUUAUAGCCAUGGAUGUGAUUUUUUAAUAGGGGUUCCUGGAUGUGGUGGUAUUCAUACAGCUCCUAUGGGUAUAAUAACAUCACCAACAGAUUUUUCAAGUGAUACUACUCAAUAUUUAAACAAUUUAAAAUGCGAAUGGCAUAUUAAAAUUCCUCUAAACCAGAAAAUUAAACUUGUAUUCAUCAAGAAGUUUAUUCUAGAGUUUUCUGAAGAUUGUAGUUCAGAUUUCUUAGAAGUAAGUUUUAGUUAUCCAACUUAUAGUUGAAUAGUAUUCAUACCAUACAAAUAUCUAAUAAAUAUAUUGUACAAUGUUAUAUUUAUAGAAAACAAGCUGUAGCCCAGCUUUGAUCGCGCACAGUAGUUCACGAAAAAGAAUGUAUAGUUUUUUCCCAUGUAAUCAACGGAUACCCGAAAUAAAUUUUAAAAAAAUGCAAUUUUCGUAUUUAAAGGACACAUUUCUUGUGUGAAUUCCAGUUCAGGGGACGAAUUUUCCAUUUAAACCGCUUUCUAAAUGAUCCUGAAACUAAUAAUAAUAAACCAUUAAAUUAUCUAUAAAACCGAUUAAGUAAUUUAUAAACUGCAUUUAUACAUACCAUCGUUGUCUUUAUAUAUAUAUAUAUAUUGAUUAUAUAUGUUGAUUUGUGUUACCCGGUAACAGGGAUGAAAAAUAAUCUUGGUUAAUUAUUAUUAGAAAUUAGUUAGAAAAUAUCACGUGAUCAUCAAAAUCGGUCUAACCAUUUUUGAGUUAUAAAUGGUGUAACCAACCCGACUUUGUUUUAUUUAUGUAAGAUUAAUGUUUAUUUAAGGGUUGCCACGGAAAUAAAAAUUGUUAUAAUCAUUAUUAUUACUAUUUUUUACACUAUUCAAAUUUUACAAUAAAACACAUUUAGUCUGCCGAAGAUGGACUACCCAUUUUUCACCUAUUCGUUUUCAUUAAUUUCUAACACGGCCAAAAUCAAAAAUAAAUAUGGGUAAAAUAAUAAUACAAAUUGGCACGGGAAACGCCGUGCGUGGGAUAGCUAGAAUAUAUAUACGAUAUAUACGAUCGUAUAGGCUGUCCCAAUUUUAAAAUAUCCAUUCUGUAGAGUUUAGUUUUUUGAAAAUAAUAAAACAAAAAGUUAUUUCUUUAAUUCUUUUACUAAAAAUAAAAAAAAAAUUGAAGUAUAAAUAUUUUUAAUCAUCAUCCCUAUGAUUAAUAUAAAAAAAAAAAAAACAGAAUUUGAUUAUCUUUAUUAUGUCCGGAGAUAUUUAAGGGGUAUAUCUUCGUGUAACAGCCUAAAUAUAUAUAUGUAUAAGGACUAUUAGAACCGGUCUUAGAUUUUUUGUCACCCUAGGCAAUUCUAAUUUACGCUACCCUAUUCAAAUAAUAAAACCAUUAUUUUUCGGUAAUUUUCCUGUUCUUUCUACGUUUUUUUUUUCGAAUUUGUUCAAUAAUUAAAAAGACUACAAGAAGAAUCAAAAAACGACUCUCUUAAUCAUUGACUGGAUUAAAAAUUCGACACAAAAAGGUCAAUUUUUGUUUUUCAUUGGAGCAAUAUUUCUGGUAGAAAACAUCAGCUAUACAAAUUUUAAACAAUGCAAUCGUAAUGCCGUAAAUUAUGUAAAUACGUACAUACAAAAAUAAUAUUAGAUACACGAGAACCGAUAUUUAUUUAGAUCUAUUGAUUACAAUCUUAUUAAUAACUGUUUAAAUUAAUUCAAGAUUAUAAGUGUUUUAAUUUGAACUCAUGCGUGUAACAUUAUUAUUGGUAGUUUUAAAUUGAUCGAAUUUGAAUGAUUAUGUAUUUUCACUUAUAAUAAUAUGUACAAUAUUAUAUUGGAAGCAUUAUUAUUUUUUUUUUUUUAGAUUCACGAUGGACCUAGUAUUAAAUCACCUCUAAUUGGUCGAUAUUGUGGAACAAUUAACAAUUUUGACGAAGCCAUUAUCACAAACAGUAAUGAAGUCACCUUAUAUUUUAAAUCCGAUAUUUCAAUUGCAGCUCACGGAUUUACGAUCAAAUAUGAAACAUGUUAGUAUACUUUUUUUUUCAAUAUAACAUAUAUAAUAUCUUUAGAUUAGCAUUCCUAACGAAAAAACUAUUCAGAGUGGAGUUCAAUUAAAAAUGGGGCUUUUUCAACAGUAUAAGUAUUUGUCAUAUUAUGUAAUAAUAAUUAAAUAUGCAUUAUAUUGUCUUUAAUAAUAUUUGUUUAAUGUACCAAUUUUCCUUUUGAUUUUCCCAUUUUUCAUGUUUUAUCCGGAUUUUCACAUUUACUGGAAAGACUCUUGAUAAAAUCGAAAAAUAAUCUUUCUAAAGAACCUCCUCACACCAAUUCCCCUUCAGAAAAGGUGCUCUUUACGUAAAAAUCGGAGCAAGUUCUAUGGUAGAUAAGUUAUCCACAAAAAAAAAAUAACAUCUCUGUAAAACCAUUAAAAUUGAAAUAAUGAAAUUAUAUAGAAAUAAAUAAUUAUAGCUAAAAAAUUUAUUAAAACAAAUUUUGAAUGGUGAUCUAUGUGUGGUGGGGUGAGAGGCAUUACUUGGUAACCUGUCGGUGUAUAACUGAAUUGAUAAGUAUGUGCGAUAAUCCAAGUAAGAUGUAGGGCACAAAUAUAAUACUAAUUAAUAAUUAUACUUAACUUGCCUGUAUUUAUUAUUUGUAGAAUUUAUAAUAAUAGUAUAGUUAUUAAAAAUGUUAUUUUUAUUUUUUUAGUUUGUGGAGGGACAUUCACAGAUAACAAUGGUAUCAUUGAAUCUCCAUUUUACCCAAACCCUUACCCAGAUAAUAAAAUAUGCAUAUAUCUCAUAGAACAACCGAUUGGCAAAGCUAUUCAAUUAUCGUUUUUGGAUAUGAAUAUUGAAAAGUUAUCAUCAGAUACAGAUUGUUAUUAUGAUUCAUUAGAGGUAAGCAAAUUAUUAGGUUCACUAUGUUUACCACAUUCACUCAAUAGGUAACAAGUACCAAAAAAUAGAAAUAAUCCAAUAACUUAAAUAGAUUACAUUACUUUUUAUAUUACCGUUCUUUUAUAUAUAUAUAUAUUUAUAAAUAUUAAUUUUUUAUUUAAAAUGCAGACACUAGAAAUUUUGUUUAUAUAUAGAAACAUAAUAUUUUUGAAUUUUUUAACGAAUGUAUCUAAUAAAUAUAUUUAAUAUUUGUUUAAUUACAAAUUUAACGAUAAAUUCAUUUAACUGUUUCAGUACUUAUUUCUUUAAACAUAAAAAUAAACAAAACUGUUGUCUUCUACCAAGUUUGAACAUGCUUUUUUUGUCUAAAAGUACACGUUAUCAUAAAAAUAUAUUUGAUCAAUUGAAUAAAAGUUGAAUAUUACUAUAAUAAUAGCUUUUGGUUCUUUGGACGUUACAUAAGUAAUGGUAAGGUUAAAAAUAAUGGAUUUUGCAAGACCUACUAUUACUGAAAUGGAUAAGAUAAUUUAAAAAAAAAGACGGAGAUAUUUUGUACCUGGGUGGGCCACUGUUAUAGGUGAGAAGGUGGGAAGGUAAAGGGGAAAUUUAAUGUACAUCUGUACUCAACGAAUAACCAUUUCUAAAGAAAAACGAUUCUAAACGGAGUUCGUUUCAGUGACGUAUGCAUGGAGCUAAGGGGAUUAAGUACUCCCCCUAUAACUAUUUAAUUGUUUAUUAUGGCAAAAAAAGAUCAAAUUUUUUCGAUUUUUGGUUUGCAAAAAAAUAAAAUCGACAAGUAAGUAAUGCAAUCCAAAAUUCAUAAAAUUCUAAUUUUGGUUGAUCUCUGGAAUUUUUAAUACUCUACUAGCUUAAAAAUUGUAUUUAAUUAUCCCAACAUUUUUAUAGUUACAUAGUUACAUAAAUACGGUUACCUAUAUAUUUUAUAUUUGUUAUUAGUCAGAACUAAGAAUGAACUUACUGAAUUACUCAAUUUUUUAAACUUGUAACAAAACAACUGAAUCAUUAUCAAUUUUCAACAUACCCCUCCCCUUGAAAAAUCCUGCAUACACCACUGGUUUGAUUAAUAAAGUGUCAAUAAUAACUUUGUAGCUAUAUCAAAAAUAUAUUGUGGUAAAAUAAUUACAUAUGCGUUAUAUAUUUUCUUUAAUAACACUUUUUUUUUAAUUUUCCUAUUUUUCAGUUUUUCCUACGUUUUUUCCAUGUUUUUGACAUUUUUUCCAUUUAUUGGGAAAACUCCUGGAAAAAUUAAAAAAUGACUUCCCUAAAAUACCACUCCAGUCAGAUUUCCAUUUCAGAAAAAGUGCUUUCAUUGUAAAUCAGAACAAAAUAACUGGUAGAAAAGUUGUCCACAGAAAAAAGUGAAAAAAAAAACAUCAUUGUAAAAUCAUUACAUUCCUCACUCUAUUCAGAAUCUAAAAUAUAAUUUUAGUCUUAAACUAUUACUAAAAGCUUUAAACUUAAUAAUUAUAUCCAUUAUAUACAUUUCCUAGUAUUCCUUGCUGUACUUAUUAAAUUAACGUAUUUUGUUCUAGAUCAGAGACGGAGACAAUGAAAAUUCAACUUUAAUUGCCUUAUUAUGUGGAAAUAUCCAAACAAAUUCUAUGCUUCCAUACAUAUCGACUCACAAUUACAUGUGGUUAAAAUUCACUACCGAUCAUUCCAAUAAUAAUAAAGGUUUUCGAGCCAACUAUUCCACCAUUGAUUUAGGUUUGCUAUUUUUUUUUUAAAAUUAUUAUAAUAUUAAAUUCGGUUUCUUGUGAUUUAAUAUAACAUUCUAGGAUGUGGUGGAAUUUUAAAAAAUCCAACGGGUACCAUACAAUCUCCAAAACAUGCGGAAUAUUAUUUACAUAAUCAAAAUUGCGAAUGGAUAAUAACUGUGAAUAGAUCAAGCCGAAUACAACUAACAUGGUUAACAUUUGCUUUGGAGAACGAACGGAAUUGUGUAAAGGAUUAUGUAGAAGUUUAUGAUAAUAGUAUCUCAGGAAAUGCAUCAAAAAUAGCUCGGUAAAUAAGUUUAAUAUAUCCACAAGGUCUAUAUAUUCAUUUUAUUCAUAGGUAUACAUAAAAAAAUAAUUGAUUCUAGAAAUGCUUGUGCUACUGUUGUAGGUGAAAAGAUAAAAUAUAUUAAGUUAUUUAAUUCAAAUCUGCAUGAAACGAUAAACUUUUGAUAAUGAAAAUUUGAUUAUGAGCAAUGUUUGAUUAACAUGUUUUGACUUACUUACGACUUUUGUCAAAAUUUCAUCUUAAAAUUUUCAUUAAAAAAAACUAAUACAUUAUACUCUCUUUUUUUUUAUUACUAAGUAAAAUUUAUGAUAAACGUCUUAUUAAAUUUGCAAACAUUUUGACUGCAAAAAAUGUAUUUCACAUAGGUAAAUUGAAGAAUUGAAUAAACAAUUUAAUAUAUUAUGCUAUUUUUUUUUUCCAAUCAAGUACCUACAACCAGGGUCGUAUUAGCGAACAGGCAUUUUAGGUACUGUGCCUAGGGCCUACGAAAAUGAGUGGCUACGAUUUUUUUGUAAUAUUUUAUAUUCUAGGUGGAGCGAAGAAUAUAUUGGUUUUACAAAGAUGUUUAUUUUGUUUUUAUGUGAAUACUUUUUCUACCAGUAAGCUUACUUUGAUAUAUACGAUGUAGUCUCAUUUCUGAAAGGAAAUUUUACUAUUGAAGUAUUUAAGAGAGGUCAUUUUUCGAUUUUCUCAGCAGUUUUCCUAACAAAUGUAAAAAACCGAGAAAAAUCAUUGUAAAACCAGGAAAAAGGUAGAAAAAAUGAGAAAAUCGGUACAAUAUUAAACAAAUGUUAUUAAAGAAAAUAUAUAAAGCUUAUUUAAUUAUUUACCAUAAUAUAAAAAAAAUUUUGUUGACAAAGCAUCACUAUCAAUUGAACACCGCUCAGAAUUGUUUUUUUCAAAAUCAAAUUAAUAAAAAAAAUUUUAGACUACGGAAAUUGUAGACAUUUUAUUGAAAUUUGUUAAAUUUCAACACAUUUGCGGAAGUUAAGAUAUUUUGGGUUGGGAUGGGUUGGGUGGGUAGGUAGAAAUUAAAAUCAGUGAUUCAAGCUAUUAAUACUUCGAGCAGCCACUGGUGGCAAGGGAUAAAAAAAUAUGCAAAAUAGUACAAAAGAAGUUAUUUUUUUUAUGGCUUUUGAAAAUUAAAUUUUUUAUAGUUUGGGGUAAAAUUAAUUGUUUUUAGGAUUUGUUAAAAUUGUUAUCAAAUAAAGUUAUAAAAGUUAGCCAUAGGCAGCCUUGGGCCUACGAAAAUAAUGGUAUGAUUUUUUUUCCUUUAUAUUAAAAUUUAACAAUAUAAUUUUGACCUUUUCUUUGCUUAUUAAUGCCUAGGGCCUACGAUAGUGUUAACCUAGACUUGCCUACAACUAAUGACAAACCUCGCAUUUCUGAUUGACAAAAAUCAUUUAAUUCUCGUGAAACCUAAUAAAAACUAAAAAAAAAAAACUAGAGAAUGUCAAAUACAUAUAAAUAAGUAAUAAAUCGCCAAAAUAUUUUGAAAAAUGUAUCACGUUUAGAACAGGCCAAUAUAAGUAUUCUAUGAAAGUAUUUCAGGCUUCUACGAUUAUUUUUAACCGAAUUUCAACAAAAAACGAAUGAAAUCAUUAAUGCCAUAAUAUUUCCCAUGUUUCCUCCUCCCCCACGGGUUUUUUAAUUUUUAAGUUUUUUCAAAGAAACCUUUUAAAAAUAAUUUUCUUAUACACCAACUAUCCUACACAAUAUUAUCAUUCAAAAAGAUGCUAUACUUGAAUUUCGAUAUAAAAUUGUUGACAUAAAAAUAAAACUGAAAAAAUGAAUAAUAAUGAAAUCGUUAAUGCCGUAAAUUUGUUCGUUUUUCAUUUACGUUUUUUAUCUGGAUUAUCUCAAUUAUUUUGAAAUAUCUUGUUAUUUUUAUAUUAGAGCAUGAUUUCUACUAGAUAAGUUAAAAAAAAAAUGCACGUGGUACGUGCACGCAUCGUGGUAAAAUCAAAAUAUUCGUAUUCCUUGCCAGGCUUAUAAAAUAUAUGUUACUUUGGUUUUAUGUAAAUUGCUAGUAAUCAUUUAAUAGAUAAUCCAAAAAUUAUUUUUACUACUUGUAGAUAUUGUGGAACAAAAGUUCCACCCAUACUGACUUCACUGGGGAACCAACUAACAAUUAUUUUCAAGACUGAUCAUUCAGUAGCAUUAGACGGAUUUAUGCUAACUUAUUCUUCCCUCAAAAAUGCACAAAGUACAAAACUGUAAUUCUAUACAUUGCUAAUAUAUUCUAAUCUAAAUAAUAAUGAAUUGCAUAGUGUGCGGUGGAAAUUUCUUUACUUCAGAAGGUUUUAUCCAGUCCCCUGGUUUUCCAGACAACUAUCCAAACAUGAAGAAUUGUAUUUGGGUUAUUAAUGUACCAGUAACUAAUCAGAUUGAAUUAAAUAUCACCGAAUUCGAGCUCGAAAAAAGUGCGGAUUGUCGUUUUGAUUUUCUUGAAAUUAGGUCGGUACACUUCAAUUUUCAGUAUUUAUUUGUAAAUUAUUGUAGGUGUUUAUUAUGCAAUACGAAUAAUAUAACUGUUACAUUUUUAAAGGAAUGGUGGAUAUUCUACGUCACCUUUAAUUGGGAAAUAUUGUGGAACUAAUAUUCUUCCAAUUAUAUCUUCUAUCGGCAAUUCUCUUUUUAUUAAAUUCGUCUCCGAUAACUCUAAAUCACAAAAAGGGUUUUUCAUGCAGUGGUAUACAAUGACCAGGGGUAUAAAGAACAUAAUGAUUUUUAAAUUGCCUGUACCUACCUAGUAAUUAAUAUACUAUUUUAAUUUAAAGGAUGUGGUGGAAUAUUAAAUUCAGGUGUUGGUCAUAUAACAUCUCCUAACUAUCCUUUGCCUAUACAAGAAACAUUAGAAUGUUUUUACAAGAUAGUUGUGGUGCAAGGUAGUAAAAUUAAAGUUACUUUAUUGGAUAUUGAGUUAAAUUCAGACAUAUUUUAUGGAACUUGCAAAGAAAAUUUUCUAGAAGUAUGUAUUUUAAAUAAUAGUCUAUAAAAACAACAAUAUUAAUUUUUAAAAAUUAUCAAAUAAUCAUUUAGUAGUUAAGUAGAAUAUUAAUUAAUAUAAGUGGUGGGGAAAAUCUGGAUUUUUGGAAUUCGAAAUCCAAAAAUAUCAACACUAUAGUAUGAAAUAUGAAUGAUAAGUAAUUAUUGUAAUUAUAUAUUUUUUUAUAAUAAUUAUAUUUUAAUGUUUAAUAGUAAUAAGUUUAACAACAAUAACAAGUUAACAACUAUAUAUAAUAAUGAUAAAAUCAAAAAAUAACUACCUUAAAGUACCAAUUACAAAAUUUUCGAUAUUUGAAGUCCAAAAUACAAAUUUUUGGAUAAUUCGAAUUUAUUUCAUAUUACUAAAUGUAUAUUAUAUAUGUUUAAAUAAUUAAUAUUUUGUUCAGUUUUAUGACGGAGGGAAUACUGCAAGUAAAUUAUUAGAAACAUUGUGUUCCGACAGAUAUGUUUCCACUAUAAUACAAUCGUCUUCGAAUCAAAUGUUUAUUAAAUAUAGAAUUAAAGAUUUUCCAGCAGGUAGAGGUUUUUCAUUAAUGUAUGAUACAGGUCUGUAAAUACAAUUUAUUUUUAUAAUUAAAAAUAUUGAAAUAAUAUAUGAAUAUAUCUAUAUAAUAUUCUGUUAGAUUGCAACGUUAUACUUAAAGGACACCAAGGUGCGAUUGAAAUCACUAAACAAGAAACCCAAAGGUUAAAUAAUUGUUCAUGGACUAUUAUGGCACCUCAAGGUAAUAGAGUGAAUAUGACUUUUACUUUUUUAAAAGUACUUAAAAGCCGUUUUAAAAAUAUAUUUUUUAAUCGCUCAAAUCAAAUGUUGAAAAAUCAUUCUUACAACACGAAAUUAACUGUAAGUACGCUUAAAUUUGCAAUAUUGAAUAUUCUAACUUAUAGAUUUAAAUUUAUAUUCAUAUUUAUAGAUAUUUGAGGGAGCCAAUAUUAAUCAAAUGAAUACAGUUUUGUGGGAAAUCCAACCUGAUUCGUUGGGGGCUCCGCCUCUGAUAACUUCAACUACAAAUUUUGUUAGAGUUAGCUAUAAUAUCGAAAACAGACCUUUUAUGUUCGAAUAUGACAGUUUCCGUAUGGAAUGGAUAGUAGAUGGUUGUGGUGGUGUGUUAAAACAAUUUAAAGGUGGAUUCACAUCCCCUGGAUAUCCAAGAUCUUCUCCUAUUAAUAGCACUUGUGAAUGGAACAUUAUUACCGAAUAUGGAUUGACAAUACAAAUAACUAUACACGAAUUUUCGUUUGAAUCUAGGAGUCCUUGUUCCUCGGGUUCUUUAUUGGUAUGUUUAACAACAAUUACAAUAAAGUAUUUAUAAGUAAUAAUUUCGUUAUUUUUAGAUUUACAGUGGACAUGACGAUUCUGGUCCAGAACUAUUAAAUAUAUGUCGUACACAAACUCGUCCAAUCAUUGUAACGUCAGGUGGAAAUGAAGCUUUUGUACGAUUUCAGUCUGGCUUUAAAUCAGAAAGAAAAUCAUUUAAAGCUACAUUCAUUACCGCAUUAUCUAGUUAGUUCAAAUAAAUGAUAAAUAUAACAAAUCAUAAUGAUACUCUGAGUGUAUGUUAUGGUGCAUGUCUAAGAAAGAUUAAUCAAAUUUAUCAUCAUCUUAAUGCUUUAAACAAAAAAUAAUGACGUAAACAUUUUUGAAAUGGAUUAAAUAAUAAUAUGAUGAUAAAUAUGUUAUAAAUAACCUAUAAUAAUAUACGAGGAUUAUCAUUAAAAUACAAACUUAAAUAAAAAUAUUCAAAAUGUUGUUAGAUAAUUAUAAUAUGUUGUAUAAUUAUUAAUUAUACGAAUAUUACAUAUAAUAUAAUAAUAUUAAAGUAAAAACAAAAUUAUUAAAAUGGUUAAUACUCGUAAAUAUAGAAAUAAAAAAAUUAAUAAUUGAAUGAAUGCGUCGCCUGAAGUAUUGGUAUAUGGUAUUAUGAUACGACCGAUUUCUAAUUAAAAAUUCAUCAUCAGGUAUAUCAUAGUUCAAAUAUAUACAUCAUAUAUUAUAUUAAAAAAAACAACAGUAUAACAGAGCUGAUACUACUGAUGGGCGCCUCAUUGAUAAAUAUGGAAAAUUGGGAAAGUAGGGUUUAUGUUUAUUUAAUUUAUAUCUGUAGGCAAUGAUUAAUCAUUGCUAACGAAAAACGAUUCUGAAAAGAGCUUGGUUAAGUAGUUUUUUAUAAGAAAUUACACCGAUCUUACACAAUCUUAUAUGAUUUGUAAAACAACAGUACCACCCGAAUUAACCCUUUUACAUCUGCACCACUACUGCCGCAAAAACUUCAUGUAAAAGUGCUUUUUCCUAGCUAUCCUGCGUUUUUAUGUUUUUUAAUUUUUUUUUAAUACAUAUAUAUUUUUUAUAAAUUAAAUGAAAAUUACUAAAAAAGUAAAUACAUUUUCUUGGAAAAUAAUGCACCAUAAAAAUUAAGAAAAAAAUAAAUAAUAAAUAAGCACAAAUAGUUCUUUCAAUGUUUUACAAACCUUAAAGAUAAGCAAAUGUUAUACUUUGCUCAGAACAAAAAAUAAUGAAUUUGUACACUUAAAAAAUAAUAUAGUUCAUUUUGAAAUUGAUAUAUAUUUGUUUAGAAUGCGGUGGAUCGUUUACAGCGCCUCAAGGGAUUAUCCAUACUACAAAUUAUCCGCAUAACUAUGAUUCUAGAAGUUCUUGCAUGUGGUAUAUUCAGAUAGCAGAAACACAUUUGAUUAACCUAACAUUUGUCGACUUCAAUACACGGAAUAACUAUCCUGAAAUAAGCGAAGACAAAGUUAUAGUAUACGAUGGUUUACUAGACGGAAAUGUACUCCUGAACCAUUCUGGAAAUAGUAUACCACCGCCGAUUAUUUCUUCGUCCAAUCGACUCUUAGUAUCUUUUGAAGUUGGUAAACGUAACAUACGGGCAAAAGGAUUCAAAGCGAUCUAUACUAUGGUACAAUUCUUUAGUUUUAAAAUAUUAAGUUUUUAUAUUAUAGUAUCAUAUAGGUACCUAAUUAUGCUUGUAUUGUUAGGCAUGCGGUGCAAAAUUAAUAACGAAUGAUUCGGGAAUUAUUACUAGCGAUCCAUCGAGUGUGCUACAUGAAAACUGCACAUGGACGAUUAUAUCAGAUACCCCUCAAUCAAAAGUUUCAUUGACUUUUACGCAUAUCGAUAUAGUACACAAUUUAGCAAUCACAUCAGUCAAAAUAACAAAUCAAACGAACGAUGUAUGUAAUAAUCCCUAUUACAGUACAAUUAUUCGAGUCUUGGACGGUAGCGAUUCAGAUGCACCUGAAAUAAUAAAAUUAUGUAACUCUGAUCGAAUUCCUUCGAUUAUUGUUAGCAAUAGUCCAGCUAUUCGUAUAGAGUUCACUGGUAACUCAAAUGGACUUGAUUCAUUUUCAGCUGAAUACUCUGUAAGAUCGAUAGGUCAGUAAAUAUUAUUAUGAAGAUAAUACCCUUAUAAUAAUAUUACAAUAAUACUAGUUGUCCCAUUAAUAUAAAAAGUUUAUUCCAAUGUCUACCUAACAAUAAAUGGUUUUUAUUUUGUUUUAACUGGAUCACUAUAAUUUCAAGCACCCGUCCUUAUCACAGUUAACACAUGUACCGUGUUGUCCGUGCCAAAUUAAACUUCUAUAAUAACUCUCUAUUCAUACCUCCUCCUAGUCAUCCACUCCAGCACUUUAUUUUGUCCUUCUUUCAUUCGAACUCUCCUUUAUCCAUUAAUAAUCAAUUAAUUAUCAAUCAUCAGUAGAGUUGAAAGUUAAAUGUGUUAGGAAGACAUUUCGCGUGUGAGUCAUCGUUUAGGUAAAAAACUAAUAAAACAGUUUAAAUACAUAUAAAUAAUAAAUAUUACAUACAUAAUAGAGUAAAAGUAGAGUAAGAACUUUUGUAAAAUUAUUUAAAAAAUUAUUAUCGUGUUCAAAUUUUACGUUCGUACAUGUACCCAUUGUGUUCAUGUUCGUGUAUUAUGUAUAAUAAUAUUAAUAUCCUAUAAUUUGAUUAAUGUGUUUACUAGCCUGCGGUGGAACUUACGAUACAUUAAGAGGUACAAUUUCAACACCCAACUAUCCAUAUAAUUAUUUCAGAGAUUCAGAGUGUUAUUGGAUAUUAAAGUCGUCUGUCGGAAAUCGAGUGUCCUUGAAUUUUAUUGAUUUUCAACUAGAAGAAGACGAAUUUUGCAAUGAAGAUUAUGUGGAAAUAAGGGAAAACGAUUCUAUUGGUACUGUUUUAGGUAUUUUUUGCGGACCAAAUUUGCCAACUAAUAUUACAACAAGUUCUGCCCUUUGGGUUAAAUUCCGUUCAAAUUCUAUUGGCUCAGCCAAAGGGUUUACCGCAGAUUUUAAAUAUGGUAAUUAUUGCAUGUUUGAGAUAUUGACACUCUUAUUAUAUAUAUAUAUUACUGUAUUAUUUAAUUUGUUGAUUAUGAACGUGUAAUGAAUUUUUAGUAACCGACAAUUAUCUGAUACAAACAUCUGGAGAAAUUUCAAAUCCAAUGUAUCCAAAAAUAUACAGAAAUAGUGAAGAUUAUUCGUGGACAAUAAAUGUAGAAGAAAAUAAAAAAAUACGAAUUGUGGUAAAAGAGUUUACGUCUUCAUCUCUAGUUCAUUAUUUAAAAGUAAAUAAACAUUUUAUUUAUAUAUUGACUUUAUCUUUUUUUUUUCAAUUAAUGUUUAUUUUUAUAUAGAUAUACGAUGGACCUAAUACUGAAGCAUUAACUCUAUUAGACCGGAAUAGCCUUAAUUAUAAUAUUGAUCUUAAUGAAGCUAUAUUUUCUAGCACUAAUAUUGUACACAUACUUUUGAAAGCGGGAAGUAAAGAUAUAGGAGGUAUAAUAUUUUUACUAUCAUGGACACAAGUUGAUAAACAGAAUCCUGAAGAAUAUUACCAGCUUGAAAUAUCUGGUAAGUGUACACAUAUUUAGAUUUCAAAUCAUUGGCACAAGUGUAAAGUGUUAUAUUUUUUAAUUUUAAUAGUAGUGAAUAGGCCAUAUCAGUAUUAUUACUAUGAUGUGCGAUUUUUUUCUCCUACGAAAAAACUUUUUGAAUUAACAAAAAUUCUCAGAUUUAUUCAUCCAAAGAAGAUGCUGAAUUUCCAUACGAUAUUAUUUUACUAGAAAUUUAAAAACACUUUAACAUUUUCAACAGUUCACCUCUAGGCCUUUUUAUUGUUUUAUUUUUUCAUAGAAAAUAAUUUUUAUAUUAUUAAAAAUACUCUAGACUAUUUACAUCAUAAAAGGUACGGGUUGUGUGUUCAGUAGUACAUUAUUUUGUAAACAAUUUUUCAUAUCUAAAUAGUUUUUUGUAACAUAUAAAAACUAUAAUGGAAAAAACCACAAAAAAAAGUACAUCCGAUUAGAAAUAUAUUUCGAUUGCCAUGAUAUUUUAUCGUAGCUCUCAGUAUAUAAAUUAAAUUAUCCUUUAUCCUAACCGUUUUAAACUUUCCAUCUACUACAGUGGCCUGCCCAUGGUGCUUUUUGCUAUUAAUUAUAAUAAAAUAAAUAAUGAUUAGUUAUAUAAUAUAUUUUCAGACAAAGAGUCAAACUUUACAUAUUUCUUAUCUAGAAAUACAAAUGCAAGUAUGAUUAUCACAAGUCCUGGUUACCCGUAUGGCUAUUCAAAUGACCUCCAUGUAAAUUGGACUAUACACACAGACCAAUACCAUCACAUCGAAGUUAAAUUUCUUGACGUAGAUCUUAGUCACAUGCGUUUAAAUGUUGAAAGGAUAUUCGGUGAUUAUAUUACCGUCAAAACAGGUAGGACAAUUUGAUAUUUGUAAUUUAACGGUUUAACAUUAUAUGUACCACAAUAAAACAAAGUCCCUAAUAAUCCGGGCUUACAAGAUACGAAUCUGAUACGCACAGCAAGAUGCAGGAGAAUACCUCGCAAAAUAGUUGAGUUAACUGUUUAUACCAAUGUUUCCUAACAAAUUAAGAUAUUGCUUAGGGGGUAAUUACAACGAUGAUGAAAUUAUAAAAACAAAACAUAAAAUGUGCAAAGUUACCACAUCUAAAAUUGAAAACAAUAAGUUCAUAUUUGUAAUUAAUAGGGAAAGGUACAAGAUUUUUAAAAUCUAAAAGGGGAUGUAGAAUAUAAAAAUGUUGGGAAACACUAGUAUAUACGAUGCGCAUUCAAUGUGGGAAUAAGGUAAAUCUGGGUGAGCCAUUGGUGACUACAUGGUUACAUAUAGUUUACGAUGAUACGAAUCAAAAUAGGCAAAUCGUCUUUGAUUAUCACAUCCAGAGGCUGACAGUGGUCCAGCUCGCUGAGAGGAAACUUUGUGGCAAGAAUGCACGUAAGCAUGUUUAUUACACUGAUCGAAUCAUAUCGAAUCUCGCCUUUACAGCAUGCCACGUGUAUCAGAUUAGCGUUGUUUAAACAAGGUUUUAGAUUUUGAUCGCAAUGAGGAAUAAAAUGGUUUUACUAUAUGUGCUCUUUUUAAAAAAAAACAUUUUCCGUAAACAAUUAAUUCCACCAGAAAUAUUACACCAAUCAAAAAAGACAACACAAUUUUUUAUUUAUUGCAUUUUGGAACUAAAUGAUGAAUUAAUUUUCAUACAGAUUUAAGGAAAAUAUAUAGGAAAAACGGAUAAAUUUUUAACGCUCACUAUUUCAUUAUUUAAGGUUUUUUAGGUUUUUUUUUUUCUACUAGAAAUUUCGAUUAGAAUUUCUAGAGUAGAAUUUUUUCUGAAAAAAAUGUUUAUUCAGUUAAUUAUUUGAAUGGUCGUUUUAUAACUUUCUAUGUAAACUUGAGAUAAACUGAGAGCAAAUUUAACAAAAAUAAGAAAGUUAAAGUAACGGCAUAACGGUUUCAUUAUUUUCUAUUUUAUUUUUUAUUGUGUUUCGGAUAAAAAAAAAACCGUGGAGACUUGAUAUUUUAUCGAAUACUUAUAUUAAAUUUUUCUAGAUGUGUUAAAAUGUUGACAAUAUUCUAGUAUUUUCUCUUAUCUAUUUAUAGGCAUUUGAAAUUGUCUAGUAUUUUAGAUUGUCAGUGUUGUAAAAUAUGUAUUGGUUUUAAAAAGAUUUUUAUUUUGUUUUUAUACUGUGUAUGAAUAUUCUACCGGAAAUCUUACUCCAAUACAAAAAAAAUUUCAAAAAAUAAAUUUUCUUGGGAUGGUACUUUAAUGAGGUCAUUUAUUGAUUUUCUAGGCAGUUUUCUCAAUAAAAAUGAAAAAUCGGAAAAAGUAUAAGAAACAGGGGAAAUUUACGAAAAUAAUGCUUUUAUUAUUUGUUCAAUUUUGUUAUUUGUUGUAAUUCAAUUUAAAAUAUUCUAGUCUGUGAACAAAUUAUUUCUUAGUAAACUUGCUCUGAUUUUUACGUGUAGCAACUUUUCUGAAAGCUCAAGUUAAUAGAUGAUACUUUAAAGAAGUCAUUUUUUAAAUAACAGUACUUAAAUGGAGAAAAACGUAGGAAAACAUACAAUUUCACGAUUUCAUUAUUUUAUAAAUAUUAUAUUUAAAAAUUGUAUAAAUUAUUUUUUAACAGAACUUCGCAUAAAAUCAUAUUUUUAACAAUUUAUAGUUGCGUACAGAUAUAAAUUAAAUAUGUAUUCUAUCUUCUCAACUCUUUAUCUAUUACAGUAGCGCUCUCUCCAUCUCUCUCUGCGGUUUCAAUCUGAAGUUUUCAGCUAAUUUCCACUCUUCUCUACCAUCCGCUUUCCUUUCAUUUAGAAUUAUUUUAGUUUUGGUUUUUCUUUACUAUUCUUUCUUUCCAUACUUCCUUCUGUAGUUAGUUUUAGUAAUUCGUCAUGUCGAAUUAUAAUAUGUCCUAUCCUUUUUUUAUUAUUUAGGUUUCACACCCUUUUAGGGCUAUACUCCAUGCAUAUUUCUUCAUUAGGUUUUUUCUGACUUGAAGAUUAAGGUUGACGUAUUAUUUUAAGUAAGUAAGGUUUUUUUAGUAUUAAAAACUAUUUUGGCUUAGCAAAUACGCUUUACUAUUUCACUCUUAUUAGUUUAUCCUUGCUUCUUAUACUUCCUAAAUACACAAAUUCAUCCACUUGAUCAAUUAUUUUUGUUUCCUCGCAGAUUUAUGUUUACUCUUAUAUUUUUUCUUCCACAUAUAAGCACUUUAGUUUUUUGCAAAUUUAUUUAAUUCUCAGAGCGUUGUUAAAUAUUUCAUCAGUUCCUGUAAAUUCUCAUUUUCAGUAAUUAUUGCUAGGUCAUUGGCAAAGUGUAACAUACUUAUUCUCUGACCAUUAAUCUUGUCUGAAUUGGUCUCUUGCUUAAUCUUAUUUAUUACUUCUUGGAUAUACGCAUUGAAUAUAAUUGGGGAUAUCGUGCGUCCUUCUCUAACUGCUUUGUUUAUUUUCACUUCCUCCAUAUUAUCUUGGAUUCUUAUGAUGGCUGAUUCAUAUUUAUACAGGUUGUAUAUUUGCAUGCUUUAUCUCCACUCUACUCAUCAUGUUGAACAUUACCGUACAUAAUCUGUUAUCGCUACUCCCCACUACUAGGUCCAUUUUAAUAGUCUCAUAUGACAAACAUGGAUUACUGAGAGCGUAUUAUAGUCCCCACCCUCAGGGCAAACAGUAGCACACUUAUCAGCAUUCAGUCAUCUCAGCUAUUUAUAUUAAUUGAGUAUAUUACUUUCAAGUAUUGUAUACAUUUUUUUUUUUAAAUAAUAGACACAACGGAUUCAUUUUUAAUUAAUAAACUUUAACUUAAUAUAUUAUUAUAUAAUCCUAACUGUAUAGACAUUAUGUACCAUGUGUUUGAAUAAUUUAUUUUUUAAAACUAUUUAUUUAUAAAAUAUGAUCUAUUAUGAAUAAUUAAUAUAUAUUACUUUAGUUGAUCCUGAUACAGCAACAACUAUCCCACUAAAAAAAAUUGACAUGUUUUAUAAUACUAAAACAAACGAUAAAGUCAUCGGUAAAAAUAAAGUUAUAAUAAGUUUUAAUUCAGAUUCUUUAUAUAACGGUACUGGAUUUAAAGCUGAAGUGAAAACAAGUACGUAUUAUUUAAACAAAAUAUUAAUAUCUAAUAGCAUAUUAUUACUGUCCAAUAAAUUAUAUCUGUUGUAUUAGAAUGCGGCAGUUCAUUGAGAGAGCUUUCGGGAAUAAUCGAUACAUCUUAUAUAGUUAAUGAUGACUACAAUAUUUGUAUUUGGAAUGUAACUGUACGUCCGGGAAAAACUGUUUUAGUUAAACUUCUGAAUAUUCAAUUGAUUUCGCAUAAACCGUGCGUGGACAGUUAUGUAUUGGUAAGACUUUUUUAAAAGCGUUUCUUAUGUAUUUUUCGUUCAUUAAUCGAACAUGAUUUGUUUAAAAAAUAAUUUUUCAUCUCUUUUCAAAAAUCAUAUGAAUUUUUAUUUACAAAAAAAUAAUACGAACAUGUUUAGCGAUUGUUAUAGCGUAGAGAUUUACAAACAAAUUUUAUAGGAGAUAAUGUGCUUUAAAAUAUUAAUGUAUGGCAAAACCAUUAAAUGUUUGUUACUUGCGUUACUGGUAUUAUAAUAUAUUUACUUUUAAUAAUAUUUAAUUAUGUUAUAAUUUCAUUUUUAAAUAUUCAAAGAAUUAAGGCUAUGUGUUCUUAUACAUUUAUAAUAAAAUGUGUUAUGCCUUAUGAACAUAUUUACAUUUAACCAGUUAGGUACCUACAAAUUUAAAAAAAAAAAACAGACAUACUUAGCACGUAGGUGGGCUACUGUUGUAGAUGAGAAGUUGGGAAGGUAGAGGGGAAAUUUAAUGUAUAACUGUAUUCAACGAUGACCAUUGAUAACCAGGGCUUAUUCUAAAGCGCAACUGAGUGUUAUUUUACGUAUUUGGAAAAGCUAGAUGCGCACUUGAUAAUGAAUUUUUGCAUAUUUUAUUUUUCAUAAUUUAUUGUUGUAUUAAUAAGAUAAUACAAUGAAUAGUAGUUUUAAAGGUAUUAAUGUGUCAUGGGAUUUUGCAAUAACAAAAAUAAUUUUGUAUACUAAUCUAUGAUUAAUAAUUAUAAUUUAAAAAUGCAAACUACUAAACUAUGUUUAUACUAUAAAGUUAAAAAAAAAAUUUCGGAAAUAAUAUCUAUGUCAUUGCAUUGUGAUAGAUUAGUGUAUCUUUUCACAGAUAGAUAGAAUGUAUAUAUUUCAAAAAGUGUUACUAAAACGAAUUAAAGAGCAGUAUUUAUUGAACGCAGGGCAAGUUGAACAAAGAGGUACUGAGGGAAUUUUGGAUUCUAUUGAAACAGCUUGUAUGAAUAUAAUGUUACUGAAUAUAUUUUUAAAAAUAGAAUUUUGAACUAGAGAACUACAACUGUCUGAGGAAAAGAAUUUACAACUAAUAAGGAUACCAUUAUUUUUUCAAACCUAACUUUACCUAACAUUUCUUUUAAUCUAGUUAACGCAAUAUCAAUUUCAUGGAAAACUUUGAUUACAUAUAUGCAAAGUUCUAAAGAAAAAUAGUUUAAUGGUCUUUUAUUAUUAUUAACUAAUAAGGAUACUAUUUAUUUAUUAGUAUUUCAGAUUCUGAAUGAAAAGAGGAAUGUAUUGGUUUAUUUUUUUUUUUUAUUUGAACACUUUUUUUACCAGAAAGCAUACUCCUAUUAUCAAUUUUAGUACCUUUUCUGAAAGAAAAUGUUCUUUGGGUGGUACUUUAGAGAGAUCAUUUUUGAGAUCCUUAUUAAUAUUCAAGAUAAUGAGAAAUACCUCGGUCUUAAGGCUAAAAAAGAUAGCAAAUAAAAAAACAAACUAUUUUACUUGAUUGUAUUAUAGGUGCAAAACCUCAUAGUGCUGACGUUGAAUGAUUAAUAAGAAAAAGCAAUAUUCUUAAAUUAAUAAAUCGUCAAAGUUUGCAUCGAAAAAACGAAAAUGAAUAUAUUUGUAUUAAUUUUAACAUGCCUGCUCUUUGAAAUUGGGACCUAAGAUCAUUUAUACAGAUAUAGUUAAACCAAAAUGAGCGCCGCAUUAAAGACGCACCUAAAGCCAAUGAUUUAUCGGGACAUUUAUAGAAGUACCAAAAAAAAUUUGACGAGUAAACUAAACCAAUAAUUAAAAAAAGAACGUUCUAAUAUUGUGUUAUAUUUAUAAUAUUCGUGUUAUGUAUAUAAAUAUUAUGAAAAAAGUAAAGAAGACAUUAAUCAAAAUAAAAUAUUUAAACAUGAAUGCUUAUUAUGUUAUUUCUUAAAUUUUAAAUUAUUCCACCUUAAAGAUAAAAAUGUUAUAAUUUUUAACAAUUACUUAAAAUCAUAUUUCGAGAAUAUACUUCUAUUUUGAUAGGCUUAUUUAAACAAAAUGCAUAGUUGAUAAAAAUCCUUAGAAUAAGCCCUGACAAAAAAUGAUUCCGAGCAGAGUUCGAUUAAUAGUGUUGCUUUUUCAAUAAUACAUAUUUAUAUUAUGUUAUGGUAUUAUAAUUACACAUAUGCAUUGUAUAAUUUCUUUAAUACAAUUCAUUCAAUAUUGUAGCAAUUUUCCUAUUCUUUCCUACGUUUUUUUCCGGCUUUUUCCCAUGUUUUCUCAUUUAUUAUAGAAACCGCUAGGAAAAUCAAAAAAUGAUCUCCUUAAAGUACUAUUAAUCGGAUUUCCUCUCAGAAAAAGUGGUAUCAUUGUAAAUCCGAGCAAAAUUGACGGUAGAAAAGUUGUUCACAAAUAAAAAUAAUAAUAAUAAUAAACAUCAUUGUAAAACCAACGUACAUUUCCCCAGUACGACCCACACAUACGAUUUUCGCAGACAUUUUUUUUUCGCUAAUAUUUAGUAUGUAAUAUUUGAAUGAAUUUAAAUGAAUAUUUUCCGAAUUAAUACACACUUGGUUUUUGCUCCAAAAACAAAAAAUUGGGGUGAUGCUAAAGAAACUUUUUUCUGGCAUUUCCUGGCGAAAUCAGAUGACGUUAACGUGUAUUUUUCGCUACCAUCAUUUAGUACGCAAUUUGUAUGAAUUUGUGUACCCAUUAGUAUUAGCCAACACGAUAACGCAAUCCGAUCUCACGAGAAGUGUUGAAGGAACGUUUCUCCAGUACAUUCCAAAUUUUUUGUUAGUAGAGCAAAAACCAAAGUCGUACAAAUUUGGAAUAGAGUCAUAAAAAUUCAUACAAAUUGCAUACUAUAUAUUAACAAAAAAAAUCUACGAAAAUCGUUUGUGGAGGUGCUAUGGAAAUGUAUGUAAAAAACCAAUACAUUUCUCAAUUUUCUCAGAAUCUAAAACUAAUAAAAACGAUACGGACAAACUUCGCACAAUGGGUAGGCCACUGUUGUAGGUGAGAAGUUAGGAUGGUAGUAGAAAAAAAAUUGUAUUAUAUCUAUAAGCAACAAUAAGCAAUUGCUAACAAAAAAACGAUUCUGAGCAGAGUUCAGUUAAUAGUGUUGCUUUGUAAACAAUAUGAUACAUGCCAUAUUAUGGUAAAAUAGGAUAAAGAGAGGAAUUACAUCGGAAUAUCUCUAUGCAAAGAUUAAUCAUUGGUUAUACAUGUUAUGAAAGAACGUAAUAUUUACGAUUUUAAAAUAAUAAAUUUUACAAAAUUUUCUCGUUUUUUUUACAUUUUUAGAUUCCGAGCGUAGCAAGGGAGCUAUUGAUAUUACUAAGAUGUUUAUUUCUUUUUUUUUUAUUUAAUUUUUUUAUUUAAUUUUUUUUUUUUUAUUUCUUAGUAAACUUGCUCCAGUUUUUACGUGUAGCAACUUUUCUGAAAGCUAAAGUUGUCUAGAUUUUAUUUUAAUGACAUCAUUUUUUUGAUUUUCGAUGUCAUUUUUUAAAUUAAAGCAUGUAAAUAGGUAGGAAAACGUACAAUUUCAUGAUUUUUUUAUUUUAUAAAAACAUGGACGACAUUUUCUACCAAAAAAAAAUUGUUUAAUCAAAUAAUCAUAAGAUAUCUUUUUUGUUGUGUUUUUGUUUUACUUUCUAAGAGUAUUAUCGCCAAAAUUUUUGAGUUGUUUUUGAGUUUUUUUAUUUUAAUUCGGUUAUAAAUACACGUAGAAACUUGAAACUUGGUAAUAAUACUUACAUUGAACUUACCUCGACGUGGUAAAGUUUCAAAAUCAUCGAAAGAUUUAUUUUUUUUUUUAAUAAGCGUUUUGAAAUCAAAUUUUAACAAAAAUCGCAAACAAAAUUACGGUACUUCAAAUUAUAUAUUACCAAAUUGUGCUCGAAAUCGUCUUUCGUUAAGCAAUGUUUUAUCGUUACUUACAGAUAUAAUAAUAUACAAUAAUCUUAUGUAUCCUAACUAGCCAACUUCUCACCUAUAACAGUUGCCGCUUCCAUCCCCAGUAUUAGCUUUUUUAUUCUUAUUUAUUAUGAAAAAAUCCUAGGAAAAUGACCUUAAAUUACUACUCUAGACAGAUUUCCUUUUAUAAAAAAGAAAAGAAAAAUAAACAUCAUUGUAAAACCGAUUCAUUCCUCGGUCUGCUCAAAAUCUAAAAUUGAUAAUGAAUACCUAACUUAUAUUUACAUGAAUUUUUUAUGUUUUAGUUGAAAAAUGGUUUGAAUGAAGAUUCGCCGGUUCUGGGACAAGGCAAAUACUGUGAAAAAACGGAAUUACCAGAAUUAAAUACUACUAAUAAUAAAUUGCAAAUAGAAAUCAAAUUUAAACCAGGAGAAGUGAGCAUAAUCAUUACCUACCAUUAUGAUCUGUAAAACAUUUUUUAAUUUUAUCUGUGUGUCACACAUAAUACAUUUUUCUUAAAAUUGAAAUUAUGUUUUAAACAAUUUUAAAAUUUUAUAAAUUUAGACGAUAAGAAUGUCGUUCAAAGAAAAAUCGCUACAUUGUGGCGGUCAAAUUCAUUUGAACCGCUUAUAUAAUGUUACUCAAAUCACAUCUCCCGCGUUUCCGGAUCAACCCCCUGCUCACACAGAAUGCAUAUGGAUUGUUGUGGCGCCUCUUGGUGAUCAAAUAUCGUUGCAUAUAGAAGACAUAGACUUAUCCGAGGAUCAUAAGUAAGUACAGAAUACAAUAAUAAUAUUGUUAUCAAUGAUAUUGUUAUUAUAUCUACUAACCUACUAACUGAUGUUACUGAAACUUGCACUGUUUUAAAAACACAUUUCAUGAAGUAAACAUACCUAGUUAUUUAACUAUUAAAAUUUUUUUUAUAAAUUUAAAUAUAAUUUAUAGUCUCUAUAUAAUAUAAUAUAAUGUUUAGGUGUAAAAACGAAUACCUCGAGUUCAGAGACGGUGCUGCUCGAUUUUCACCGUUAAUAAGCAAUAUUUGUCAGGAUACCACUAUUUCAGAUAUCAAAACCACAGAGAACUUUUUGUACAUAAAGUAUUUUAUUGGCUCCAGCGUACGCAGCAACGGUUUUAGAUUAAAUGUAUCAAUAGGUAUUGUUAUUAUUAUUAUUUGUAUUUUAUGAAAAUCAUUUUCGUGUUCAUUCUUACUUAUUGCGAUUACGAAUAUAUUUUUUCAUUUUCCGGCAUUACGUACGCACCUAUGUCAUAAUAAUAAUAAAUGGUUUUAUACAGCGAAAUGCGGUGGUGUUCUACGCGGUUUGAGGGGCAUGAUUUUUUCACCCAAUUAUCCAGCCUCAUAUGAGUCAAAUAUCGAUUGCGAGUACAGGAUAAUCGCUAAUUACAAUUACAAAAUAUCUCUGAACUUCGAUUUGGUCCAUCUGAAACAACGGUUUCCCUACAAUAAAAUAACGUCGACGCCUGAUAAUAAAACGAAUAACUACAGCACCACCUUUGAUGACUCAUUGUCUGUAUAUGACGUAGACCCUGUGAAUAACACCAGUAAGUGAAACAUGCUCGCUUAAACCCCUCGUCCAAAAUACUGACAUACUCAAAAUUAUAGACUGUAUAUCCAUUAUUAUUUUAUUAUUAUUAAUUUUAAAUUUUGUAUUUAAAUCAAAUGUGUCAUUCCAUUAAAAUAUUUCACAAGUUUUCACUUAUUUAUGUCAAAUAUAAUUUAUAAUCAUUGAACAUAACCGAUCAUUAUUUUUAUAAUAUUGUAUAUUUUCCAGGAGUGAUGAUAACAGAGAUUUUUGGCUCAAAUCCACCAACAUCCAUCGUAUCAGCUGGUCGAGAAUUAGUGAUUAUAUUUAAAUCACAUAUUGAAAAUGGACCAUUUUAUAUAAAGGAUGAACAGGCAAAGUUUGUGAUCGCUUACUUUGUUCAAUACAACGGUAAUUUAAAUUAUUUUAUACGGGGGAAAUAUCAAAAUCAAAGUUAUCUUUUAUAGGUAACUAAUACAUAUUACAUAGUUACAAAAAGGUUCUAUUCUAAAUAUUAAACUUAAAUUUUAUCGAAUUUUACUGCUAAUAGGUGCAUUAUAUAACAUAUUGUUAGAUUCAUUCGAUAUUUUUUUGUAGGCUGUGAUAAAAUGUAUUCUGAUGUUGAAAGUGGAAUAAUAACCAGCCCUAGGUACGGUUUGAACGUUGGCCGUAUUUAUUGUACAUAUACAAUUAAAGUACCUCGAGGACGUAGAAUCACUGCGGAACUAGUUAAAGGCAAAUCAAUCGGAUACAAUUGUGUCAAUGAUCCAUUAUACAAUAAGCAGUAUAACGAACAAAUCAUUGUAAGUAAAUUUAACCUUCCUAUAGUUUACCAUAUGCUCAGUUAAAUUCGUCAAUCAGUUUCGACAACAAUAAAGUGAUUCUAUUUAAAUAUACUGUCAUACUUCUGUUGAGUCUACAAAAUAAUGGCCAAGUAAAAAAAGUUAUAUACCGAGAUGGCCAAAAGAAAAAAAGAUGGACAUACUUCGCACGAUGGGUGGGCCAUUGUUAUAAGUUAAAAGUUAGGAAGGUAUGAUAUAGAGGAGAAUUUAAUAUAUUUUUCUAUGCUACGAUUAAUCAUUGUUAACAAAAAACGAUUCUAUGAGAAGUUCAGUUAAACAUGUUUCAAAAGGCCCUAUCAAAGGUCAAAUCAAAAAUUGCAAUAGACAACUCACUUGCACAAAUAUUCAUUUAUAGAAAUAACCGUGAAAAAGCCGUGCAAUUUCGCACGUGAGUGCAGCCACUGUUGUAGAUAAGAAGUUAGUAAUGUAGUAAAGGAGAAAGGUAAUGCAUAUCUGAAAGCACGAUAAACCAUUGCUAACAAAAAAAUGAUUCUGAGUGGAGUUCAGUUGAUAGUGUAGUUGCUUUGCCAACAAUAUAUAUAUAUAUAUAUUAUAGUGAAAUAUGGUAAUUAAACAGACAUAUAUUUUCUUUAAUAAUAUUUGUUUACUAUUGUACCUAUUUUGACUUUUUUCCUACGGUUUUUUCAUGUUUUUUUCAGGUUCUCUCAUUUAAUGGGAAAACUAGUAAAAAAAAUCAGAAAAAUACCUGUUAAAAGUACCUUCCCAGUCAAAUUUCCUUUUAGAAAAAUUACUAUCAUUAUAAAUCAAAGUAAUAUUGCUGGUAGAAAAGUUAUUCACAUGAAAAUAGAAGGUUGUAAUAUUUUUAGAUUGUGAACAUCUUUUGUACAAGAAACUUUGCUCCGAUUUUCAAUGAUGAUACUUUAUAUGAAAAGAAAUUUAACUGGGAAUGUAUUUUUUGAUUUUACCAAGAGUUUUUUCAAUGAAUGGGAAAUACCGGGGAAAAAAUGGGAAAACCGAGAAAUACGUAGGAAAAACGGGAAAAUCAGUUCUAUAUUAAAUAAAUAUUUAUUAUUAUUAAAGAAAAUAUAUAAUGCUUGUUUAAUUAUUUUACCGUAAUAUGACAAAUAUAUUAUUGAUAAAGCAUCACUAUCAACUGAACUCCAUUCAGAAUCGUUUUUCUUUAGCAAUAUGAUUUAUCGUUGCUUAUAGAUAUACAUUAAAUUUCCCUUCUACUACCUUCUCAACUUCUCAUCUACAACAGUUGCCACCCAUGUGCGAAUUAUGUUUAUAUUUUUUAAACUAAUAAUUCCUACAUGUCAUUUGCCAUGAUCAUUUUUGAUUUUACUUUCCUUUUUUGGCACUAUUAUAAUAACCAUAUUCAAAAUGUAUAACCUCACAUGUUAUCAGUUUAGGGUCACGAAAAUAUAGUUGUUUUAGUUGGUAAAUACACAUGUAGGUCUUUAUUAUCUUUGACCUAUACCUAUAUAAUAGGUGUAACGGGUCCAACGAAAGGAUUAAACUUAGAAGGAAAUUUUGAAAUAAUUUUAACUCCUACUCAAGUUAUAACAUUAAAUUAAUAUUUCUAUAAAUAAAACACAAGUUCAAUUACAAUAUUCUUCAUAAAAUACUUCAAGUCCAAUUAAAUUAAAAUGCUAAAAAUUACUCCAAAUUCAAUAUUUAUACUAUAAAAUUAUUACAAGAUUAAAAUACAUAAAACAAACUGACGCGAAAUUGCUCACAUUUAAUCGUGGUGGACUCGUCUAAUUAAACGAUGUUUCGGGCGGCGUUGUAUAUGCUAAUGCUGCUCUCCCUCAACCCGUUGCUCAAAGUCGCUGCUAUCUAUAUUUUGCUGCUGCCGCCAGAAUUAAAAUCCAAUCUGUCAAACACAAAAUAUUUUAAAUGUUGCAUAUAAUAUUUAACUGUAUUUAUAGACAUGAGUGAGAAUCCUACAGACUCUUCACAAUAGUACUUGUAUUUGUAUUCAAAUUAAAAUACUACCGGCGUGUGCCCGGGUACCAAAUCUCAAGAGCUAACAAGUUAUUUAGAAGCAGCACUUAUUACUCGGUGCAUUUCAUGCUAGCGCCAUAUGCACCGAGUAAAUAAAUAUAUAUAUUCGAUCUUACUAUUUCAACUGCUAGCAAGUACGGGCUCACACGUGUUCCCUACGGAUCGCGUGCAGACACGUAACAUAGUUACUUGAAUAAAUUAUUGUUUUAUCACAAUGACAUGAAAAUCUAAAAAUCGAUGACAUUCCUAAAUUUUAUAGUACUCGUAGUAAAUAAUAAAUGUGUAAUAAUCGUCAUUAUAGGUUGUUCAACGCAGAAUGAGAUAUCCGGACAGGAAUUUGUGUAUCGAUCCUGUUUGGAAGUCUUCACUGAGUUAUGUUUAUGAAUCGAUUUCAAACGAAAUGACGCUGUUUUAUAAAUAUUUAAGCGGUACCCAAGUUGGUUUUCAAAUAAAAUUCUCAUCAAAUAAGCCAUCUCGUACGUAAACAUUUUAUAUGCUCGUCGUUACAGAAAUAGUAUUUAAAUUGUAUAGGUAUACGAGGGCUAAUCAAAAAGUAUCGAGACUGAUAAUAUUACUCGGAAACCGAGCGUUGAAGAGCAAAACGAUUUGNAAUCCAAAAGAAGCGGAACUUGCUGCCACUCAGGGCACAUUUUCAGUUUUUCAAUUGACAAUUAAUGGCAAAAACCAUGAAAUGUUGCAUCUCUAUGAAACUGGAAAAAAAUGCAGACAAAUUUUCUAAAAUUUCCAAAUCUGUCAAGUUACUCUUAUUUUGGGUUUAUUACAAAAUCGCCAAACUCGAAAAAUAUAUUUUACAAAAAUAUUAGUGAAAUCAAAUUGAAGAAUUUUAUAGAGAAGCAAUAAAAACAAAUGUACUCAGAAAUAGUCAUAGAAGCAAGUGAAACCAAUCCUACUGCUCUUCGAUGCUCCUUUUCCGAAUGAUACUACCAGUCUUGAUACUUUUUGAUUAGCCCUCGUAUAGUUCAAAAAUCCAUAUUUUAAAAACUGGAUAUAAGUAUAGAUAUAGUAUACAUAUUAUAUAAGUGGGUAGAUAUAUAACUUAUUAAUAUUAUGGCCUUAUGGAUAAUUACUUAAAUGAUAUUUCAUUCAAACUAUCUAGCUUUAUUUUCAACAUAACUAUAUUAAUAUAAUUGAACAGAACGUCACGAGUCAAUUUAAUUAUUUAAAAGUUUUGGAUAGAUGAUAAAAACUAUAUAAUAUAAAUAAUUUUGAAGAAAAAAAAAUGUAAUUUAAGAAUAAAUACUUAUUGAAAAGUAUCAUAAUGUAUGUUUAUGUUUAUGUUUAUAAUUUCUAUGUAAAAAUAAGUAAUUUAAUGUGAUUUAUUAAGGACUUUCAAAAUUUUCGAAAGACUUUUAUAAUUUGUGAUUCGUGACGGUAACGUUUCUGCAAUCAUUGAUAUAAUUAAAUUUUAGAAAUAACUUAGUUAAACAAUAAUUUACAUUAUAUAUUCGCUAUAUUAUAGUUUGUGGAGGCAUAGUUGAUGCCAGUAUAAAAGGUAAAAUUAAUUUACCUUUUGGAAAUUUUAACUCAUAUAUUUGUCAAUGGAGUUUUACGAACAUGAACGGAACGACUGUGAUAGUCGCAAAUUUUAACGUUACAUUGGACAUUAUAAAUUGCCGUAACAAUUAUCUCAUUAUGGUCACUAACGGUAGGUAUCUAUAUUAUGUUUACUAUAUUAUUUCAGACAACUUAUUACGAAUAUUUCUAUUAAUUUAGAGGAAGAAACCAUCGAUAUCCUAAAUUAUUGUCCGGAUUCGAAUAAAACAAAUGAAAAGUACACCGCUAUAAGUCCGUUGCCAUUAACUAAUCUUUUGGUAAGAUGUUUUGAUUGAAAUCUGAACUUGAAUAAAAAUACUUGUGACGUCUCGUUCCUUCUGCCGUCUUGUAAGUAACCAGGGAUAAGCGACCAGUGACGAACCGUGGUAUGUUUAAAUACUAGGUCUCAAGGUCGCCAACCUGCACCCUGGAAUGAUCUUCCCUAUGUCUCCCCCGAUGGCUGGAGUCAUAGGAUUUGUGGAAAAUAAAAAAAAAAUAGAAGAAAAGAAAAAAAUAAGAAAAAACAUUUUUUCGGGGAUACAUGUUGUCUUUCGUAUAUUGCCAUCAGUAUAUACAUAUAAUAUAUGUUAUUUAGGUAAACCUAUGUUUUUUUUUUUUUUUUUUUGAGGCGUAAUUUAAACGCAGGUAUAACUCAGAUUGUGACAGAAAAUAAACUUAAACUAAUUCUUAAAGGCUGACGGGGGUACCGGCCAAGGUAAUUUUCUUAUGGAAGUAUAGGGGAAAAAAAAAUUGCACAUACCAUUAUGACCGCGGACCGAUGAUGGUCGCCAUUACGGGACGUGGACGUACUACUCCAUGACGACUUUCCCGGUCAUGGUCUCGAAUAAAUUGGUUUCCUUCGGACAACUGUGGUUGGUAUUCUGAGUCUUGACGGUAGUGUAGAUGUGUCCGAGUUCAAGAGUAGAAAAUUAGCGAAGAAGGAAUAAAAAAAAAAAAAACGGAAUGACUUGAGCAAUCGACGGACCACCAGAGCAGACGGUUCGCUCGAACACCCGAUUAAGUUUCGAUUUUUAAUUAACCAUAUAUCCCAGUUGGUGGGACUUUACAUUUGUAUGCGCUUAUCGCGCAUACGCACUUGCUGUCUCGGAUCGGUGGUAAGAGAGGUGGGAUUGACCGUUGUAGCACUGGUUAUCGGUCACGGCGUUCUCGCACGUCCUAUGCUUGUACGGGGAGUAUGGGCACAACAUUAUUGAUCGCUAUAGACAUAUAGAGAAGUUCGUUUUUGGACAUAACAUACUGAAAAUAGAUAUCAAAUUUUAGGUAAAAUCAAAUUCAAAAAUUACAAACUUGACUGCGACAUUUGAAUAUUUUGUUAAUUCGUGCGGCGGAAAAAUUAGAGGAGAAAAAGUUACAAUAACCAGUCCAAAUUAUCCUGAAAAUUAUCAACAGACUACGAAAUGUGCUUGGUUCGUAGAACUUAAUAGUGAAACCGUUACCGUACGUAUUAUAAAUUAUUUGAUCGCAUCUGUACAUAUUAAAAAUUAAAAAUUUCUUAAGACAUUUUUCUUAAUGUUUAUCUACUGACCUAUUAAUUUUAGAUACAUUUUAAUGAUAUCGAUCUCGAAUCUUCGUGCGAUAGUAAUUAUUUGAUGAUAUACAACGGAAUGAGUCCUGAAAGUCCAGUUUUGGGUAAAUAUUGCGGCAAUGUUGUGCCGGAAAAUUUAGUAGCCUCGACCUCUUCAAAUGUCAUUUGGAUAGUUUUUUCAUCGGACAACGGAAACAGUAACAAGAAAGGAUUCAAUAUAACUUUAGAAUCCACACAGGUGGGAUGUGGAAAUGUGUAUGUAUCGGAUACCGGUGAAAUUACAUCUAAAAAUUAUCCAAAUUUAUAUCCGAACAACGAAGAAUGCGAGUGGACAAUAUCGAUGAAGGAAGGUAACAGGAUCAGCUUGAAAUUCAUAGAACGUUUUAAUCUGGAGCAGAGUGUUAAUUGUACAAAAGAUUAUUUACAGGUAAGAUAUAAUUGCAAUAUUAUUAUUUAAGUAAAUGUGCGAAUUUAAAUUUCAUCCAGUGUGGUGGCGAUAGAUUCGCCACAAAUAAAAUUUCCGGUUGGUCAUUAUUAGAAAGCCUAGAUAAUAAGAGAGUCGCCAAUCAAGUGGAUGUUUUCUAUUGAUCAGCUAUUAUCACAGCUUAUGGACGCAAUUUACCGUCCAAAUAAUUUGAAUAACUAUAGUAAUUUUAGAUUCUAAGUAGAGUGAAGGAGCUCACAGUUUUAUAAAGAAGUUUAUUUUCUGUGUGCAACUUUUCUACCAGAAGGCUUUCUUAGAUUUUAAAGUAUAGCACCUUUUCUGAAAGGAUAUCAGUAACCUUAAAGAGAUCUUUUUUUUGAUUUUCUUGGGAGUUUUCUCAUCAAAUUUGAAAAACCAAAAAAUAAAUGGAGGGAAAACAGGAAAAUAUAAGUAAUGUAGGUAUUAGUAAAAAUAUAUUAUGUUCUUCAUUUUUCUGUGCGCAACUUUUUUAUCAGCAAUUUCAAUCCAACUUAUAAUGAUAACAAUGUUUUUAAAAGAAAAUUUCACUAGAGAGGUACAUUAGCGAGGUUAGUUUUCGAUUUUUCUAAGAGUGUUCCCAGUAAAUGUAAAAAACCAGAAUAAAACAUUGGAAAACCGGAAAAACGUAGGAAAACUGGAAAAAAUGGCUACAAUAUUAAACAAAUAUUAUUAAAGAAAAUAUAUAAAGCCUAUUUAAUUAUUUUGCUAUAAAAUUACAUAUAUUGUUGACAAAGCAUCAUUAUCAACUGAACUCCGCUCAGAAUCGUUUUAUCGUAUGCAUUGGUUUUUCUUUGCUUAGAGGUAUACAUUAAAUUAUCUAUAACAGUGACUGCAUCCGUCCCCAUUAUCGUAUUUUUUUUUUUUUUUAUAUGUUGAUUUGUAUAAUUUACUCAUUUUUUGUACAUUUAUCUUGUAUAAUAAAUUAUUUAAAUAAAUAUUAUAUUAUUAUAUACAUCUUAUAUAAUAAAUCAUAUGAGAAUUCAAAAUAUGUAUAAUUGAACUUCACUCCAAAUUGUUUUUCGUAAGCAAUGAUUUAUCGUUGAUUUCAGAUACAAAUUAAUUUUUCCUGUAAAUCCUACUUUCUUUCCCAACUUUUCAUCUACAGUAGUGACCUAUCCAUUGUGCGUCCGUGCAGUAUGUUUGUCUUUUUCAUAUUGAAAUUCAACAAUUUGUGAAAUUAUUAAUUAUACUUUGUAUACUUUAUUUACAUAAUAAUUAUAUAAAUAAAAAAUAAUUAUUAUAAAUAUAAUAAAUUAUAAUACUAUAUGAUAUUCAAAGUAUAAUCAUUUUAUAAAAACGUCUAUUCAAACAUAAAAAAAAGUAAGGAAAAAUGUGGACAAAACGUGGUGGCUAUUUUACUCAGAUGGCCACGCUUUUAUUAUCUAGACUCUCUAAUAAUCACUAUCAUCCGCACUGUUUAACCUGACUAAAUUACAUGUAACUCAAUGCAUUACGUCUCGUGGUGUUUUUAGCCAUCUUGUCCUUUAUAAUAUUAAAAUGUAAUAAUAGUAGAAAAAAUGAUGUAUAAAAUAUACAUUAUGCAGAUUUUCGAUUAUAUCGAUGGCGACUGGGUGCCAAUCGUAGAUCGAUUAUGUGGUCGUAAAGUUCCGCCGGUAUUCAACUCGACGGAAACAAAACUUAAAAUUCGUCUAAAAACUGACAGUGUAUUACAAGGAGAUGGAUUUAAAGUAAGUUUACAACUUAAUUUUGAGUUUUUCCAAGAGCGUGUAGUUGUAGUGAAUUCAUAUUAAUUAUUUGUAUCUAGGCCAUUUGGAAAAGUUUCUGUGGUGGAAUUUUUACAGAAAAUUCCGGUAGAAUAAUUUCACCAAAUUAUCCGGAGUCAUAUAAAAGCGAUAUUCAAUGCAAUUAUACGAUAUUAGCACCAAAAAAAUUCAUACAGUUGUUUUUUAAAACAUUCGAUCUCGAAGGUAACCGUUCAUUAAACGACGUAAUUUACUAUUAAAUUGUUAAAUAUAAGAAUAAUUAUACGCAAACAACUAGAUAAUAUUCUUGUAAACUAAUAAGUAAUUUUUAAAACCGAUAACUUACCACAAUGAGUUUUAUGUAAUUCUAGAAGCCUUGCACACUCAAUUAACCGCUAUCUUCGAUUUGUAUUGAUAAAUAAUAUGGAUUAACUAGAAUACAUAUUAUUUAUUAUUUAUUUUUAAAUAGUUAAAAUUAUUGAAUUAAUUGAUUUUGAUAUAUUUCAGCACCGAUCCAUUGUUUAUUCUAUGCGUAAUAAACUUAUAAUUAUUACUUCUAUUAGGUAAAUGUUACAGAACAUAUAAAUACGGGGAUUAACCGAUUGCCUAUAGGUAUUGAUUUUCAGUAGGUACUAGGUAGGCUAGAGGUAUUAUCUUCAUCAUUGUAAACAAAAUGUCUUUACCGAAAAAAAAUAUGUAUUGUUGUGUGAAAACUUUAAUCGUGAAAUAAUCGUUAUUGUAUUUUAAAUAAGUGUCUAAUUAGUAAUUAUGUACGUUGAAAUUAAAUUUACGCUGCUAUGAAAAUGUACCAAAUAACACGAAUCAUAUUUUUAGGUUCAUUAUUUUCGAAUGUUUAUUAUUUUAUUAUUUAUAUUGUAUAUUUGAUACUUACAUUCAUAGAUAGCGCUAAAUGUUAUUUCGACAAUUUAACAAUAUACAACAAAGUGGGCAAAUUUGACAGUAAAUCAGAGCAUUUAGUUGGUACAUAUUGUGGAAUAAAUGUGCCACAGACGAUGAGGUUUGUACACAGCGCAAUGCUGAUAUUCAAGACAGACGAUUCCAUUUUUUACAAAGGAUUCGAAAUACACUAUGUAUUACAAGGUAAACACAUAGGUACUAAAUUCGUAACUAACGUAUUAUUCUAUAAAUUCAUUAUCCAUUAUCUAUUCGUAUGUUAUUUUUAAGUCGGUAAUUGUAACAGACAAAUAAAAGUAAAGUUAAAAAGAGUUGAAAAUACAUUAUUAAAAGUAUAUUUUUGUAUAUUUGUAACUGUUGAAAACCCUUAACGUCCGGCUUCAAAUUCUACAACAGAAUUAUUGAUUUGCUUUAAUUUUCUAAAUGCCUACUUUUGAAUUGCAGACUAAUCCAGUUAAUUUAUCAUAUCUAAAUUUAACUAAAAUAUAAAUUUAUAAUAUAUAUAAUAUACAAGUAGACAUAAAUAUUUAUUAUUUUGAAACAGUAAAUCUAUAUUAAUGCUCAUCAAAUAAUUUAUACAGGAUGUGGAGGUGAAAUCAAAACUCCUGGAAUAAUUGAACCACCGACUGAGGUCGAUGCUAUAAUUUCAGGAGUAACAAGCCGACUAAAUUGCAGUUGGGUUAUUCGAGCUCCGCCGGAACAAGUUAUACAGCUUACGUAAAUAUACCUACGUUAUUAUAAAUAUAUUUUUAUUUUUUAUUUUUUAGUGCCUAUGUACAACUAUUUGUCAAGUGUUAAUAUUUGUUUACAGUUUUACUCAAUUAAAUCUAACCAGUUAUAACACGGAGAGUGAAACAAAUGCAUAUAAUUUAUUUGAUAAUGGCAGUGGAUGUCCGGAUACUGAUGUUUUACUUAUUUAUGACGAAACCACUAUGAAGAGUAACAGCUCUAAAUUCCUUGGCGUACUAUGCAACGACUACGAAAAAUUACCAGUAAUAAUAACAUCUAAAACGAAUAAAAUGAUCGUUCAAUAUAAAUUCGAGAAUGCAAGAAAUUAUAAAACAUUUAUUGGACUAAUUUCAUUUAUAUACGGUAAAUAUUUUUGACUUAGUUUGAUAUUGUGUUAGUAAAACAAAACAACAGUAAAUAUAAUUGACUGUAUUUUCAUUUUUCACGUGCAAUUUACGUAUUUUAUUCCACGCAUCCAUACGUGUCAACACAAAAAAUUUAAUCAUUAUCAAAAUUCGAAACAAACUUUGAACGAUUUGGAAUCUUUGGACCUCUUCAGUUUAUAGAGGAGCAGCGUCCAAGUCAAAUUAGGUUUAAUACAUAAAGUUAUUUUUAAUGAGAUAUCCAUUAAAUACUUUCUUCAUUUUAUUUAAAAAAAAUACUACAGGUAUAUGCGCUAUAUUAAAAAUAUUUUCAAAAUAUGUGUUCAUUUAUCAUUCGUAAUUAAACUUUUAUUACGAAUAUAAUAAUAUUUUAACUUAUUUAUUAUUGUGUUGAUACGAAUAAAUACAACUCUAUAGUAUGCUAUAACAUUAAUGUUAUGCAACAUGUUAAUUGUACGAUUUUUCAUAAAAUAUUAGAAUGUAUUUUAAUAAUGUAUUAUUAAAAAUUUGUAAAAUUAUCCUUUAGACGAAUCUAAAGGUUGUGGAGGCACUAUAAGGUUGAACGCUUCAAAUAACAUGUCCAACUAUACAUUGAAAUUACCGAAAUUCCCCGAAAAAACAACUUUAGAUUGCGGAUGGUUAAUACUAGUAGAACCAUCGUAUACCGUGAAGAUUCAAGUUGUUAACUACGUAGAAACACCAAAAUGUCCUUCGCACGCUAUGGGUUGCGGCUCUAUUCAGGUUAAAAAUGGUUUAUUUUUAUUAUUGUUGUUACAUUUUUAUUUCUGUAAGUUUUCCAUUUACAAUUUUAGUUUUAAAACUAUUUGAAUUUAACAUUUCAUAUGUCUGAAUAGAGAAAUUUUGAAUUUUAGUUUCUAGACGGUCCUGGACGUUUAGCUCCGAAAAUUCACCAAUUUUACCCAGGAAAUAAUAGUUAUCCUCCACUCUUGUCGUCCGGAAGUGUUGCUUUCAUACGAUACCGAAUUCUCGAUAUUAAUUACGACGUACAUUUCGAGAUAAAUAUAACAACUGCGAUUUGUAAUUCAACUACAAUUUAAAAAAUAAAAUAAAAUAUUAUAUUCAAGUUGGUUUCUUUUUAAAUAGCGGCGUGCGGUAAAAUGAUAUUACCUGUAACAAACCAAACAGAAGUAUUAACAUCACCAAACUAUCCAUUAUCGAACGGAAUCAAUUUAGUUUGCACUUGGUCAUUAAUAAUGAAACGUUUCAAUCCGGUUAUUAUGUUACGUUUCACGGAUUUGGAUUUAGGAGACACCAAAGACUGUUUGUUUGAUUAUUUGGAAAUAUCCUAUACGCCGGUAAAUAUUUUAACAUUUAUAAUAAUCUUGAUAUUGAAUUGUUACAAGUCAAAUCUAUAAAGGUAUACCCAAUGGUGUAUUAGGAGAUAUAGUGGAGUUUGCGACGUAUAUUGUUCACCUCUUUAUAGUUUAUUAUUUAGCGUCUAUAUGCGCUAAAAAUACGAUGACUUGCGGAUGUACGACCGUAAAAUUUCGUAUAAAUUAUACAUAUUAUAAUUUUCAAUCACGUACACAAAAUGUUUCAUAUUGAUCAGUAAAUUAAUUCUUAAUAAAUAUCAAAUAAGUAUAUACAAAUUCCAUAAUUCCAUAAAAGCGUUUAUUUCGAACUAAGUGAAUCAAAUUGUUUUACUUUAUGAUAAGGUCUUAUCAUUCUCACACAACAACUAUAUAGCAAUAUUCUAAAAGUUGUAUAACUACAUAUUUUUUUAGCAAUGCAUCACAAUAUAUACCUAAAAUGUAUAAAUAUGUAUUCGAAUUAAUGAGUAGUUAAAACAAUAAAAACGAAGGUCAACGUGUUUGGAAAGAUGGGAAGGUAGCCAUCUAGGAUGUAUAUAUUACGUAGACAAUUUAGUUUCAAAUAUAUUGUAUAUAAAAUGGAACGAUAAAAUAAUUGCAAACGAAAAUGAUUCUGAGCACAGUUUGCUAAAAUAUUUUUCGAAAAAUUAAAAUUAAAAUUAUUUAUUUGUAACUAGGUACGCAAUAAAUUAUUUUACGUAUUUUACUAUAUAGUAUUUGUACUUGAACUGCCGAUUAAAAUAAAGUAUGACAUGACGUGCAAUUUAUUUUUACCACUAGUUACAGCUUAUAUUUAACCUUGUAUUCAAUUUGUGAUUAUAUUUAUAGAGUCAAUCAAGUUUUAUUCACAUAAAAUCGGGAAAAAAAAAAGAAAUUCAUAAAUUUCGAAUAGCAAUAAAUAAUUGAAAAUUACAUUAAGUCUUGUAAAAUGUAAAUGUGAACAUUUUAGUGCUCUACGAAUCUAAUUUAACCUCUAUGAUUAAUUAUCAUUAUAUUACAUCAAAUACAGAAAAGCGAAAUUAACAGAAAUCGUUAUUACGCGAAUAUUCUCGAUUUUUCCUCAUUAUUAGAAAAAGUCAAAUGAAUAUCUCAAAAUGAUUUGUUUAUUGCACCAACUAAACAACAUUUUCUACCAAAAAAAAACCGUCCCUAAUUGGAGUAAGAUUUCAGGUCGAAAAGUUAUUCGUUAUAGUAAAACUAAUACAUUGCUCACUGCAUUCAGAACAUGAAAUAUCAAGGGGUGAAAAAAUGGUAAACGCAUCGAUCGUUUAUUAUUACACUUUAAAUUAUUAUUUGUUUUCAAAUAUUUUAUUAUAAAAGAUUAGUUUAUUUUCUAAAAAUUAAAGUUUUUAAAUAAAAAUAUGACGUCAAUACUUUAAUAAAUUUAAAAUAUACAUUCUGUCUAUUUAUUUAGGUGGACAUGACGGCCACUAGUAUCCGCGUGUGUCAUAAAGAACACGAAUUUGAUUUAGUAAGCCAUACGUCAUCUGAUGUCGUUCUGAAGUUAAAGACAGGUGGCCAAACGAAAUCUAGGGGAUUUAGAUUAGAGUAUACAAGUUCAAGUAAAUAAUUAAGUCCAAUCAAAACACGUACAAAUAUAAUUAAAGUUGUUUCAACUAGAUAAUUUAUUGUUCACAACUUAUUUUAUCUAAUACAGGAUGCCAAACGAUUUAUAACAAAUCUAACGGACGAAUAAUAUUUGAUAAUGCGCCAGGAACGGUGGACAGUUUAGAUUGUACAUUCACAAUAAAUGCCACUCAACCGAAUGCGACGAUUUCUGUAUACUUUUUAAAAUUUUUGAUUUCGGGUCCACCAGGUGAAAACUAUUUAAAGGUCACUAUUAUGUAGAUUAUUAUUUUUCGUUUAUUAUUAUAUUAUAUCAAUCGUCUGAGACAAAAAAAUGAUUUUAUACCAGGUGUAUGAUGGACCGGCAAUUCCUUCAUUACUUAUGUCUAACAUGACCGGAUUACCAUCAAAUAUGUCGAUACUUCCGUCUCCCAUAUUUUCGCACGGUUCAAAGUUGACUUUUUCUUAUAAAGUGACUGGCACAUUGUGGCCGGUGGAUAUGAUUUAUACUAUUACGGAUCAAGGUGAUAUACGACUACUAUGUUAACGGCAAUGCAAAUUAUAAUAAUUCUUGUGUACAAUUUUAAAGUAUACGUAUAUCUAUUUAAAUGUAUUGUGUACAAUUAAAGGAAGGGGUUGUGGUGGAAGAAUUUUUAAUUCCGAGGGCCGAGUAACAAGUCCACUAUAUCCUUUGAUAUAUAAAAAGAGUACUGCUUGCAGAUGGGACAUUUCCGUACCCAGGCCAUAUUCGAUCGCUAUUAAGUUUGAAAGUUUGUAAAUUAUUCAUAAAAAUAAAAAUAUUAUUUUAAAUCUUUAGGCGAGCAUGUAUAACUGAUCGGAACGUUUUUUUUUCGUUUUAAUCUGUUCAAAAUAUUAAACUAAAACAUUUAUGUAUUGAAAAUAUCUAUUUUAAUUAUUAUUAUUGUUUUUAUAUUUUGUUUAAUAUAGUAUUAGAUUUGAGCAAGUCAGAAACAUGUAACACUAAUUAUUUAGAAAUGUUUAACGUCGAUCAGAAUACGGGGAAAUCGUCGUUUAUAGCUAAAUAUUGUAGUGGCGUGAGUAUUAUAUAAUUGUAUUAUUUUAAUAAACAUAAUAAUACGAUAAAUAAUCUGUUGGGUUGUUUAUAGGAUAUUCCGGAUGAUCACAUCAGUCAAACAGGAGCUGUUUUCAUUCGUUAUGUGACGACUGUACACAAUACCGGUUCUGGUUGGGUUUUAAACUUUAAAAUGAAAUGA